GCUCACAUGUAGACAGCACUCAUUUGGACGUACACUGAGCUUGGAUUGGUUGGAAAAUCUUGGAUUACAGAGAAAUAGUCUGAUUUAAGUAGAUAUUUGGAUCAUUGCAACCAUAUCCUUUGCCAAAAAACAACAACAACAAAAAAGCCUUAUUGCGGGUUUGGGAUGGCCAAGACAAAGGACUCAGGGGUGGAGGAGAGACCCCAGUGGGACAACAAAAUUCAGUACCUGUUGACAUGUAUUGGUUUUGCAGUGGGACUUGGAAAUGUCUGGCGUUUUCCUUACCUGUGCCAAAUCUAUGGAGGAGGUGAGAUGCUUUUCUAUGAUACCUUUACUCAUGCUGCUUUUAUUCACCACAUCUUACGCUAAACCAUAGUUUAGUUAAAGCUGCUGUUAAACCGUUUUAUCAAUUUAGUAUUUAUUUUACUGUGUGCCAUCUUAUUGAGUCAAUGGAGACUCCAGACUUGAGUAAUAGGACUAUGUUUAGUCAUUAACAUAUUAACUAAGCCAGCUUUUGUCACUGUGCUGGAAAUGGUGAGUCUUAUCUUUACUUCAUUGAUAACAGUGAACAUCAACAUAUCGUUUCUGCUCCACAACCGCACUUUCUGUGUUUGCUUCCUCAUAGUUUACGUGAGAUAUCCAAAGCCACAGACUCCUAACUGGGUGGGGGUUAAUUCAAGUCAACAGUCAAUGCUCCAAACCAGAGAAGGGCCUAUCAGCCUCACAUAUUGACUCUGUGAUUCCUGAUUCCCACAGGGCUGUGGGACUCAGAAGAGCCUCUACUUGACCUCAGCUUAGUUACCUUCAACUUUAGAACAGAGGUUGUUUUAACAGAUUUAUUUAGAGAAAGACACAAAGAUGAACAAAUCAACUUCACUCAUCUUUAGAGCAGAAGACUGACCAUGAAUCAUGACAUAUUGAUUAUUUCAUAUUUUAAUUUUGAACCUCUGAAACCAAUGUAAGGGGGUAGGCAAAAGAAACAGCCCAAUUUUCAAUUCAAUUUCAAAAUGUCAAUUUCAAUUGAUGGUAGAUCUGAUCGUCAAAAGUCAGCAGGAUGAGAUUUUAAGUACGAAGACACCAAACCCAGUCAUAGGACAAGAUAAUUAAUGAUUGCCUUUUCCAAAGGGGGUGUCAAAAGUGACACAAACCAAAAGUUCUUCACUGGAGCUUUAAAAAAAUAAUAAUUUAAUGAAUACUUAAAUGAAAUAUGAUAGUAAAACUAAACAGUGAGGGGGGCAUUUGCCAAGCAGGUACCCUGUUAACAGAUGUCAAAAGAAUAGACAGCUCUGGCAGUAUUUGGUACAUCCCACCACAUCCAAUAAAGCUAAGGAAGGUAGAUUGAGGGGUUGAUGUGCAAAUACACAAUGUGCACUGUUGCAACGACUUUGUACAAAGUUUGGAGCACAACUUUGACUAGAGUUUUCCACUCUAAAGAAGUGAGGUGUUGCAAAAAAGUUUUGGUAUUGGCAGAAAAAAAAUUUCUGUCCUCGUAACAGCGAAGUCCAACCAGCCUGAUGAAAAAGAUCCUUUUUUUUCCAUAUCAGAAGAAUCCCUCAACACCUCCUUUUGAAAUGCAUUCUCCUCUCUGCAGAUCUUUUAGUUUGUCGAUUAUAAAGCAUGGCCUUGAAUUUCACUAUAAUGUCAGUCAUUCAAAAAGCUCACAUCAUGAUCAAAAACUUUAUUGUGUAUGUUCCCUGGAUGAUAGUUUGUUGAUAAAGUCAUUCUAAUCUGGCUUUUGUCUUGAAGGAAAAGUAAAUGUUAACUCCAUGUCUUUAGGUGCAUUCCUCAUCCCCUACCUGAUAGCCCUGGUGUUUGAAGGCCUCCCUUUGCUCUACCUGGAGCUUGCAAUAGGUCAAAGGCUCCGCAAGGGCAGCAUCGGUGUCUGGAACUCCAUCUCACCACUGCUGGGUGGAGUGGGUGUGUGGCACUAAAACAUCAACAUUUGUUAUUUAUUUUAUUUCAUUUUUGGAUUAUGUUGUCUAAUAUGUAUUCUCUCUGUGUAGGAAUUGCGUCCAUGGUGGUGUCAUUUUUGGUUUCCAAUUUUUACAACACUAUCAUGGCGUGGGUGCUCUGGUACUUCUUCCACUCUUUCCAAAACCCCCUACCAUGGAGCGUGUGCCCGCUCAAUGAGGAACACACAGGUAACCACACGACCAGUUAUUCCCGCCAUUGUUGAUGUGAUAGUGAUAUCUACUGCUACAACGCCACCAACGCACUUUUGACAGGGCAGAUGUGCAAUCCAACCUAUAAAACUUUGGCUUAGCAAAACCUACAAUAAACAUCAAUAGUUCAAUAAAGUUGCAAGGCAAUCACCAAAAGGAGUGGUUUCCAAGUAAGCUCUACAUGACAUUUCAGGUGAACUUUGGUAGGAAAAUAAGGAUUGUUUUUCGAAAGGUUGUAAAAAGCAAACACGCCAUUACAGAAUCGUUUAACCCUUUCAAGCAUUAUAUUCACAACAUAAUGUUAAGUGAUUUUAAGGGCUGUUUUUAUUUAAUACUUAAACACAGGGAGAUUUUGAUGGUAUGGUUUCACAUCAACCACCUUAAUAUUCACCCCAUACACUGCUAGCUAUUGUGCAUCUGUCGUAAUUAAACUUUAUGUAUAUGAAGUUGGCUUGAAUUCAUAUGUGUGUUUAUGACAAAUAAAAGCAACAAGACCAUCAGCAACAAGGUUGAUGAUUUUUAAACUGGUAUUUUUGAUGCGCAAAACUGCUGUGAGGGGGUAGGUGUUUUUUUUUACGGUACAUGAUACAUUUCAAUGACUACCUGAGCAUGUGAUGGACAAGAUAAGAAAAGACUGCUUUGUCCACCUUACAAAAAAAGAAAGUUCCUAUGAAGGUGUAUUUGCUUGAAAAUGCCAUUUCUUGUUAAUGCAAUAAAAGUAUAUAUAUAACAGAAUUAACUCUUGUGUGAGACAGCCCCAUGAUGUUAAUCCUGGUGAACACUGUUAUUUUGAUUUUAAUAUUAAAUCAUGAGAAGAUUCUUAUUGAAUUUAUUUAUUAUUAAUUUUGUUUGAUAUUAUCUUCAAGCGGUUAUUUCAUGUUGUCACUGUCUUUUUCUUUUCCAUCGAUAAGGCUACGUUACUGAGUGUGAGAAAACCAGUCCAGUGAAUUACUUCUGGUAUCGUCAGACCUUGAAUAUCACACCUGACAUUGAGACCAGCGGCUCUGUGCAGUGGUGGUUGGUCAUCUGUUUGGCCAGCGCCUGGAGUAUAGUCUUCAUCUGCUUCAUCAAAGGGAUUAAGUCCAUGGGGAAGGUUUGUUUUACUCCUGAAAAACAAAUAAAACUCUGUGAAAAAAAACCUAUUUGAAAAUCUAGAAAAAUUACAGAAAACAAAGAAAUUACUAGGGCCCCGUUGGGGCACUGGCGGGCCCGAGCCGUGUCACGCCGCCCCCAGCGCGACCGCCUCCCCCACCCGAUCGCGUCACACUCAAGGUCCAAAGAUGGUGUGCGCACUUGUUUGUGGUCAUUUACCAUUAUAAUGAACGGGAGGCGCAGUUUCUACCAAAACGCUCGCUGCAGAAAAACUCCAUGUCCUAUUUGAAAAAAGUCUGGACCAUGAGUGAGGGCACAAACACAGCUAAGAUAUAUCCAAAUGGCAAGUUGCUCCUCCUUUCGCUUUUGCCGAGAGAGCAGUGCGUUUGAGCCAUUGAAUGAUGAACAGGAAAAACUUGACUUUAUUCUCCUGCCAUGGGGGGGCGCUCUUUUAAAGAGAAAAAACUCCUUCACAAAUGUGUUGAUGGCUGGACAUUGCAUCAUCCUAGAAAACAUGGAGGCCAGUGAGUACAAAAAUAAAAAGUUAAAAGACUUUUAAAUAUGUGGAUUUUAGGGUUAUAUUUGGCGCCCCCUAGAACCUAAACCGUGGGGUGCAGCGUCAUGAUUUGAAUAACUUUUAAUGGCCAUGGGGUGUAGAUUGGCCUGAGCAAAUGUGGUGCCGGUGGAACGAAAGCCUUCGGAGGAAUUAGCGAAAUUCCAAUGUGUGCGAAUCUGCAAAAAAUGCGAAAUAACCCUUUAACCGUACAUUUUACAGAUACGUGGCCAUUGACUUUUUCGAAGAUCUUAUGUAAAUACACGUGUAUGUAAAAUUUUGUGUCAAUAUGACAAAACAUACAGGCGUAGCACUCAACAAUGUGUAUUUUCACCUUAGUGGACAAGAAAAAAUUGACUUUUUUCUCCUGCCAUGGGGGGGCGCUCUUUUGCCGAGUAAAAAUUCCUUCACAAAUGUGUUGAUGGCUGGACAUUGCAUCAUCCUAGAAAACUUGGAGGCCAGUGGGGACAAAAAUAAAAAGUUAUAAGACUUUUAAAUAUGUGGAUUUUACGGUUAUCUUUGGCUCCCCCUAGAACCUAAACCGUGGGGUGCAGCGUCAUGAUUUGAAUAACUUUUAAUGGCCAUGUGGUGUAGAUUGGCCUGAGCAAAUGUGGUGCCGGUGGAACGAAAGCCUUCGGAGGAGUUAGCGAAAUUCCAAUGUGUGCGGAUCGGCAAAAAAUGCGGAAUAACCCUUUAACCGUACAUUUGACAGAUACGCGCGCAUUGACUUUUUCGUAGAUCUUAUUGAGAUACAUGUGUGUGUCAAUUUUUGUGUCAUUUUGCCAAAGCGUACAGGUGUUACACUCAACAAUGUGUAUUUUCACCUUAGGGGACAAGAAAAAAUGGACUUUUUUCUCCUGCCAUGGGGGGGCGCUCUUUUGGGGAGUAAAAAUUCCUUCACAAAUGUGUUGAUGGCUGGACAUUGCAUCAUCCUAGAAAACUUGGAGGCCAGUGAGGGCAAAAAUAAAAAGUUAUAAGACUUUUAAAUAUGUGGAUUUUAGGGUUAUCUUUGGCGCCCCCUAGAACCUAAACCGUGGGGUGCAGCGUCAUGAUUUGAAUAACUUUUAAUGGCCAUGGAGUGUAGAUUGGCCUGAGCAAAUGUGGUGCCGGUGGAACGAAAGCCUUAGGAGGAGUUAGCGAAAUUCCAAUGUGUGCGUAUCGGCAAAAAAUGCGGAAUAACCCUUUAACCGUACAUUUGACAGAUACGCCCGCACUGACUUUUUUGUAGAUCUUAUUGAGAUACAUGUGUGUGUCAAUUUUUGUGUCAUUUUGACAAAGCGUACCGGCGUGACAGUGAAUAGUGUGAAUUUUCACCUUAGGGGGCGCUAUGGAGCCAUUUUGCAUUUUCUUGUUUGGGCGACUUCGGAAUAUCAAAUUUUUCAUCAGGCCCGGUCGUCCUGCCAAAUUUCAUGAGUUUUCGCCAGUGGGAAGUGGGCCAUUUUCCAGUUCAAAGGGGAGGAAAAAUAAUAACUAGGGCCCCGGUGGGGCACUGUCGGGCCCGAGCCGCGUCGCGCCGCCCCUAGCGCGACCGCCUCCCCCUCCCGAUCGCGUCACACUCAAGGUCCAAAGAUGGUGUGCGCACUUGUCUGUGGUCAUUUCCCAUUAUAAUGAAUGGGAGGCGCAGUUUCUACCAAAACACUCGCUGCAGACAAACUUCAUGUCCUAUUUGAAAAAAGUCUGGACCAUGAGUGAGGGCACAAACACAGCUAUGAUAUAUCGAAAUGGCAGGUUAAUCCUCCUUACGGUGUUGCCUGGAGAGCGAUGCGAUUGAGCCAUUGAGCGAUGGGCAGGGUUAACUUGACUUUUUCUCCUGCCUUGGGGGGGGAUGUGGAUUCCUUUAAGAAUGUGGAUUUUUGGGUCAUCUUUGGCGCCCCCUAGAACGUAAACCGUGGGGUGCAGCGUCAUGAUUUUUAAAACUUUGAAUGGCCAUGGGGUGUAGAUUGGCCUGAGCAAAUUUGGUGUCAGUGGGACGAAAGCCUUAGGAGGAGUUAGCCACAUUCCAAUGUGUGCGAAUCGGCAAAAAAUGCAAAAUAGCCCUUUAACCGUACAUUUGACAGAUACGCGCGCAUUGACUUUUUUGUAGAUCUUAUUGAGAUACAUAUGUGUGUCAAUUUUUGUGUCAAUAUGAUAAAGCGUACAGGCGUGACAGUCAAUAGUGUGAAUUUCCACCUUAGGGGACAAGAAAAAAUCGACUUUUUUCUCCUGCCAUGGGGGGGCGCUCUUUUGGGGAGUAAAAAUUCCUUCACAAAUGUGUUGAUGGCUGGACAUUGCAUCAUCCUAGAAAACUUGGAGGCCAGUGAGGACAAAAAUAAAAAGUUAUAAGACUUUUAAAUAUGUGGAUUUUAGGGUUAUCUUUGGCGCCCCCUAGAACCUAAACCGUGGGGUGCAGCGUCAUGAUUUGAAUAACUUUUAAUGGCCAUGGGGUGUAGAUUGGCCUGAGCAAAUGUGGUGCCGGUGGAACAAAAGCCUUCGGAGGAGUUAGCGAAAUUCCAAUGUGUACGGAUCGCCAAAAAAUGCGAAAUAGCCCUUUAACCGUACAUUUGACAGAUACGCCCGCAUUGACUUUUUCGUAGAUCUUAUUGAGAUACACCUGUGUGCCAAAUUUUGUGUCAUUUUGACAAAGUGUAGAGGCGUGACACUCAACAAUGUGUAUUUUCACCUUAGGGGACAAGAAAAAAUGGACUUUUUUCUCCUGCCAUGGGGGGGCGCUCUUUUGGGGAGUAAAAAUUCCUUCACAAAUGUGUUGAUGGCUGGACAUUGCAUCAUCCUAGAAAACUUGGAGGCCAGUGAGGACAAAAAUAAAAAGUUAUAAGACUUUUAAAUAUGUGGAUUUUAGGGUUAUCUUUGGCGCCCCCUAGAACCUAAACCGUGGGGUGCAGCGUCAUGAUUUGAAUAACUUUUAAUGGCCAUGGGGUGUAGAUUGGCCUGAGCAAAUGUGGUGCCGGUGGAACGAAAGCCUUCGGAGGAGUUAGCGAAAUUCCAAUGUGUACGGAUCGCCAAAAAAUGCGAAAUAGCCCUUUAACCGUACAAUUGACAGAUACGCCCGCACUGACUUUUUUGUAGAUCUUAUUGAGAUACAUAUGUGUGUCAAAUUUUGUGUCAUUUUGACAAAGCGUACAGGCGUGACAGUCAAUAGUGUGAAUUUCCACCUUAGGGGGCGCUAUGGAGCCAUUUUGCAUUUUAUUGUUUGGGCGACUUCAGAAUAUCAAAUUUUUCACCAGGCCUGGUCGUCCUGCCAAAUUUCAUGAGUUUUCGCCAGUGGGAAGUGGGCCAUUUUCCAGUUUAAAGGGGAGGAAAAAUAAUAAUAAUAAUAACAAAAGAAGGAAACAUGCAGGAACAAGAGGGCUCUCGCAGCUGCUUAGCAGCUACGCUCGGGCCCUAACUAGGGCCCCGUUGGGGCACUGGCGGGCCCGAGCCGUGUCACGCCGCCCCCAGCGCGACCGCCUCCCCCACCCGAUCGCGUCACACUCAAGGUCCAAAGAUGGUGUGCGCACUUGUUUGUGGUCAUUUACCAUUAUAAUGAACGGGAGGCGCAGUUUCUACCAAAACGCUCGCUGCAGAAAAACUCCAUGUCCUAUUUGAAAAAAGUCUGGACCAUGAGUGAGGGCACAAACACAGCUAAGAUAUAUCCAAAUGGCAAGUUGCUCCUCCUUUCGCUUUUGCCGAGAGAGCAGUGCGUUUGAGCCAUUGAAUGAUGAACAGGAAAAACUUGACUUUAUUCUCCUGCCAUGGGGGGGCGCUCUUUUAAAGAGAAAAAACUCCUUCACAAAUGUGUUGAUGGCUGGACAUUGCAUCAUCCUAGAAAACAUGGAGGCCAGUGAGGACAAAAAUAAAAAGUUAUAAGACUUUUAAAUAUGUGGAUUUUAGGGUUAUCUUUGGCGCCCCCUAGAACCUAAACCGUGGGGUGCAGCGUCAUGAUUUGAAUAACUUUUAAUGGCCAUGGGGUGUAGAUUGGCCUGAGCAAAUGUGGUGCCGGUGGAACGAAAGCCUUCGGAGGAAUUAGCGAAAUUCCAAUGUGUGCGAAUCUGCAAAAAAUGCGAAAUAACCCUUUAACCGUACAUUUUACAGAUACGUGGCCAUUGACUUUUUCGAAGAUCUUAUGUAAAUACACGUGUAUGUAAAAUUUUGUGUCAAUACGACAAAACAUACAGGCGUAGCACUCAACAAUGUGUAUUUUCACCUUAGUGGACAAGAAAAAAUUGACUUUUUUCUCCUGCCAUGGGGGGGCGCUCUUUUGGGGAGUAAAAAUUCCUUCACAAAUGUGUUGAUGGCUGGACAUUGCAUCAUCCUAGAAAACUUGGAGGCCAGUGGGGACAAAAAUAAAAAGUUAUAAGACUUUUAAAUAUGUGGAUUUUACGGUUAUCUUUGGCUCCCCCUAGAACCUAAACCGUGGGGUGCAGCGUCAUGAUUUGAAUAACUUUUAAUGGCCAUGGGGUGUAGAUUGGCCUGAGCAAAUGUGGUGCCGGUGGAACGAAAGCCUUCGGAGGAGUUAGCGAAAUUCCAAUGUGUGCGGAUCGGCAAAAAGUGCGGAAUAACCCUUUAACCGUACAUUUGACAGAUACGCGCGCACUGUCUUUUUCGUAGAUCUUAUUGAGAUACAUGUGUGUGUCAAUUUUUGUGUCAUUUUGCCAAAGCGUACAGGUGUUACACUCAACAAUGUGUAUUUUCACCUUAGGGGACAAGAAAAAAUGGACUUUUUUCUCCUGCCAUGGGGGGGCGCUCUUUUGGGGAGUAAAAAUUCCUUCACAAAUGUGUUGAUGGCUGGACAUUGCAUCAUCCUAGAAAACUUGGAGGCCAGUGAGGGCAAAAAUAAAAAGUUAUAAGACUUUUAAAUAUGUGGAUCUUAGGGUUAUCUUUGGCGCCCCCUAGAACCUAAACCGUGGGGUGCAGCGUCAUGAUUUGAAUAACUUUUAAUGGCCAUGGGGUGUAGAUUGGCCUGAGCAAAUGUGGUGCCGGUGGAACGAAAGCCUUCGGAGGAGUUAGCGAAAUUCCAAUGUGUGCGGAUCGGCAAAAAAUGCGAAAUAACCCUUUAACCGUACAUUUUACAGAUACGUGGCCAUUGACUUUUUCGAAGAUCUUAUGUAAAUACACGUGUAUGUAAAAUUUUGUGUCAAUACGACAAAACAUACAGGCGUAGCACUCAACAAUGUGUAUUUUCACCUUAGUGGACAAGAAAAAAUUGACUUUUUUCUCCUGCCAUGGGGGGCGCUCUUUUGCCGAGUAAAAAUUCCUUCACAAAUGUGUUGAUGGCUGGACAUUGCAUCAUCCUAGAAAACUUGGAGGCCAGUGGGGACAAAAAUAAAAAGUUAUAAGACUUUUAAAUAUGUGGAUUUUACGGUUAUCUUUGGCUCCCCCUAGAACCUAAACCGUGGGGUGCAGCGUCAUGAUUUGAAUAACUUUUAAUGGCCAUGGGGUGUAGAUUGGCCUGAGCAAAUGUGGUGCCGGUGGAACGAAAGCCUUCGGAGGAGUUAGCGAAAUUCCAAUGUGUGCGGAUCGGCAAAAAGUGCGGAAUAACCCUUUAACCGUACAUUUGACAGAUACGCGCGCACUGUCUUUUUCGUAGAUCUUAUUGAGAUACAUGUGUGUGUCAAUUUUUGUGUCAUUUUGCCAAAGCGUACAGGUGUUACACUCAACAAUGUGUAUUUUCACCUUAGGGGACAAGAAAAAAUGGACUUUUUUCUCCUGCCAUGGGGGGGCGCUCUUUUGGGGAGUAAAAAUUCCUUCACAAAUGUGUUGAUGGCUGGACAUUGCAUCAUCCUAGAAAACUUGGAGGCCAGUGAGGGCAAAAAUAAAAAGUUAUAAGACUUUUAAAUAUGUGGAUCUUAGGGUUAUCUUUGGCGCCCCCUAGAACCUAAACCGUGGGGUGCAGCGUCAUGAUUUGAAUAACUUUUAAUGGCCAUGGGGUGUAGAUUGGCCUGAGCAAAUGUGGUGCCGGUGGAACGAAAGCCUUCGGAGGAGUUAGCGAAAUUCCAAUGUGUGCGGAUCGGCAAAAAAUGCGAAAUAACCCUUUAACCGUACAUUUGACAGAUACGCCCGCACUGACUUUUUUGUAGAUCUUAUUGAGAUACAUGUGUGUGUCAAUUUUUGUGUCAUUUUGACAAAGCGUACCGGCGUGACAGUGAAUAGUGUGAAUUUUCACCUUAGGGGGCGCUAUGGAGCCAUUUUGCAUUUUCUUGUUUGGGCGACUUCGGAAUAUCAAAUUUUUCACCAGGCCCGGUCGUCCUGCCAAAUUUCAUGAGUUUUCGCCAGUGGGAGGUGGGCCAUUUUCCAGUUCAAAGGGGAGGAAAAAUAACUAGGGCCCCGUUGGGGCACUGGCGGGCCCGAGCCGUGUCGCGCUGCCCCCCCCAACGCGCUGCCUCCCCGUCCCAUUCGCGUCCUCUGGCCAUCGCCCUCUCUGGUAACGCCCAUCACUGCAAAGACCCUUUCCUUCAUCGGCGUUUGCUGUUCUUCCUGCCAGUGCGUGUUGCUUUCACUUACACUUGCCACAGCCAGCCUCGUGAGUGCCUAGCCUAUUGGAUAUCACUGUCAUCUACACAGGACAGUCAUAACCUUUCUAUUAAUACUUGUUUUUUAAUUUCACAUUAAUUUCAAUAUUGUAUAAAUGACUGGAAAAAACUUGAGCCCCUGCCCCUGUAUAAUCAUGUGCACGUCCCUGUUCUAGCUCCAAGGUGAAUCUUCACUGCUCAUGUUCUCCUCAGAAGUAGUCACCUCACUCCCCUCAGGUGACUGUACACAUGCACCAACUGCUUGCUUCAGGUUUGGAUGGAGCUUCAUGGUUGUCUUUUGGAGAAAUGAGCAGUCAAGUUGUGUUUGAAAUUUGAUUUUUUUCAGGGGCAAAAAGGGGCCUCUGCAUUCUAGUCAAAUAUGUAAAUAGCAUGUUUUUGCAGGUGCUAAAAAAAAGACUCUGAGUGUGUGUGUGUGUAUAUCCUGCAGUACUCUGAGAAGAAUAAUAAGCAUAUUUCUGAGGUGAAUUUUGAAGAUUCAUCUGAGAGUUAGGAGGGCUGAUCAUUCCCUUUCCCUUUAGAUGUCUAUGUCUGUUUUUGUGUGAUAAUGAAAGAAUCCCAACUCAAAAAGGCUCUGUUGAUGUUUUUUUUUUGUUGUUGUUCAUUCAUAUUCAAACCACUAUUUUAUAUCACUGCUAAUACGCCAAGACCAUUUUAUGGAAUUUAGCUUUCCAUAAACUUUAGGAAAGGACCUCUGGUUGUUUAACGGGGUCAUUACUGCAAAAACAUAUUCUUCCUAAAUUUUGAAGGUCAAACCUUAGAUCCAUUAGGUUUAAAUAGAAAAAGCAUUAAAAUAUGUUAGGAUUAUAGCAUAUGACAAAUAUGUGCCUUUCAGUGGCCACAACUACUUUGUCUGCUGGCUCUGCAGUCGAUUGACGCUCCCCAGCGUUCAAGUCACAUGACAUAUUUAACUGGAUGUAGCAGCAAGACGGAGCCUCGUUGACUCUCCGUUUCAACUUAUCUCAAAAGUGAGGACCUCAAACUAUACACCAGUUUUCAAAUUGUGUUGAUAGGCCAAAUAAAACCAGAGUUAUGAUAAAUUAUGUCCGCGAUACUUUUUUUCUGCUUAUUUUGAUCACGUUCGGCGCUCGAUCGCGCUGUAUGAGACAGGAAAACAUAGCAUGCAGACAUUAGCGACAGGUCUUACAGGCGGAAAAGGCUUGCCAAAGAAAAAAAAAAAACACACCACAACAUCUCUCCUAUUGGUGGAAAACUUCACCACAACAACCAAUCCAAAAUUAUAUGGUGACUGAUUGACAAGGGGCGGGCGCUUACGUUCUUCCUGCAACAUGAGAAGGGAGGGAGGAACUCUCAGCAGGGAUGCAGUCUGGGACACGUAGUUGCAAACCUAGCGACUUUGUUGUUAGAUUCAAUGACUUUUCAGACCCCCUAACGACUUUUUUAGAAAGAAAGGGACUUUUAUCGACUUCUUCUGGAGUUUAGAGACUCUGACAUGAAGCAGGCUUUCCUUACUGAGGAGUUAGCAACGCUGCUAAGGGUGCAGAGCCACACAUGCGCUCCGAGCUCUGCAUGGGAGACUAAAGCUGACAAAGCUGCAGCAGUUAGCAGGUUUCACCCUCAGAGACCACCAGGGGUUCAUGUUGAGGCAUUUUCAGUUUUUUUUUUUUUUUUGCCAUAGACACUGUCAGCACAAUCUGCAGUUACACUAACAAAAAUGCUGCAAAAAACAAAGAAUUAUGGAAAAAUUACACAUGGACUGACAUAGAGGAGGAUCUACACAAGUUUUUUACAUCAUGUUUUACAUCAUGCAUCAUUUACAUCAUGUUUUUUUGUAGUGGCAUUAAUAAAAAGUGACAUUUGUGAGACUAUACAGUGUUUUGUAAAUAAAUUUACAAAGAACGCCUGGGCCAUUGCCUGCAUUUUGAUGUAAAUAGAGGUAAAUUACUAUGUUCUUUGUUAAAAAUUUGCAUAUGUUUUGAAGUUUACAAUUUUUAUUUGAAGUUUAAGUUUUAAAAACAGUUCAUCACACAUAUUUGUGGUUUAAUUUCACAUUAAUUUCCAUAUUGUAUAAAUGACUGGAAAAAACUUGAGCCCCUGCCCCUGUAUAAUCAUGUGCACGUCCCUGUUCUAGCUCCAAGGUGAAUCUUCACUGCUCAUGUUCUCCUCAGAAAUAGUCACCUCACUCCCCUCAGGUUACUGUACACAUGCACCAACUAUCUGCUUCAGGUUUGGAUGGAGCUUCAUGGUUGUCUUUUGGAGAAAUGAACAGUCAAGUUGUGUUUGAAAUUAGAUUUUUUUCAGGGGCAAAAGGAAGCCUCUGCAUUCUUGUCAAAUAUGUAAACAGCAUGUUUUUGCAGGUGCUAAAAAACAGACUCUGAGUGUGUGUGUGUGUGUGUGUGUGUGUGUGUGUGUGUGUGUGUGUGUGUAUGUUGGCGUGUGUGUAUAUGUGUGUGUAUCCAGCAGUACUCUGUACUCCUGCAGUCGCCAAAAAGACUUUUAAGAAUGUGGAUUUUUGGGUCAUCUUUGGCGCCCCCUAGAACUGCAGUACUCUGUACUCCUGCAGUGGCCAAAAUGACUUUUAAGAAUGUGGAUUUUUGGGUCAUCUUUGGCGCCCCCUAGAACGUAAACCGUGGGGUGCAGCGUCAUGAUUUUUACAACUUUGAAUGGGCAUGGGGUGUAGAUUGCCCUGAGCAAAUUUGGUAUCGGUGGGACUAAAGCCUUAGGAGGAGAUAGCCACAUUCCAAUGUGUGCGAAUCGGCAAAAAAUGCAAAAUAGCCCUUUAACCGUACAUUAUACAGAUACGCGCUUUUUGACUUUUUCGUAGAUCUAAUUGAGAUACACAUGAUUGUCAAUUUUUGUGUCAAUAUGACAUAGCGUUCAGGCGUGACACUCAACAAUGUGUAUUUUCAUGUAAGGGGACAAGAAAAAAUUGACUUUUUUCUCCUACCAUGGGGGGCGCUCUUUUGGGGAGUAAAAAUUCCUUCACAAAUGUGUUGAUGGCUGGACAUUGCAUCAUCCUAGAAAACUUGGAGGCCAGUGAGGACAAAAAAAAAAAGUUAUAAAACAUUUAAGAAUGUGGAUUUUUGGGUUAUUUUUGGCGCCCCCUAGAACCUAAACCAUGGGGUGCAGCAUCAUGAUUUGAAUAACUUUUAAUGGCCAUGGGGUGUAGAUUGGCCUGAGCAAAUGUGGUGCCGGUGGAACGAAAGCCUUCGGAGGAGUUAGCGAAAUUCCAAUGUGUGCGUAUCGGCAAAAAAUGCGGAAUAACCCUUUAACCGUACAUUUGACAGAUACGCGCGCAUUGACUUUUUUGUAGAUCUUAUUGAGAUACAUGUGUGUGUCAAUUUUUGUGUCAUUUUGCCAAAGCGUACAGGCGUGACACUCUACAAUGUGUAUUUUCACCUUAGGGGACAAGAAAAAAUGGACUUUUUUCUCCUGCCAUGGGGGGGCGCUCUUUUGGCGAGUAAAAAUUCCUUCACAGAUGUGUUGAUGGCUGGACAUUGCAUCAUCCUAGAAAACUUGGAGGCCAGUGAGGACAAAAAUAAAAAGUUAUAAGACUUUUAAAUAUGUGGAUUUUAGGGUUAUUUUUGGCGCCCCCUAGAACCUAAACCGUGGGGUGCAGCGUCAUGAUUUGAAUAACUUUUAAUGGCCAUGGGGUGUAGAUUGGCCUGAGCAAAUGUGGUGCCGGUGGAACAAAAGCCUUCGGAGGAGUUAGCGAAAUUCCAAUGUGUGCGGAUCGGCAAAAAAUGCGAAAUAACCCUUUAACCGUACAUUUGACAAAUACGCCCGCACUGACUUUUUUGUAGAUCUUAUUGAGAUACAUAUGUGUGUCAAUUUUUGUGUCAAUAUGACAAAGCGUACAGCCGUCAUGUGAAUUUUCACCUUAGGGGGCGCUAUGGAGCCAUUUUGCAUUUUAUUGUUUGGGCGACUUCAGAAUAUCGAAUUUUUCGCUCGAUCGCGCUGUAUGAGACAGGAAAACAUAGCAUGCAGACAUUAGCGACAGGUCUUACAGGCGGAAAAGGCUUGCCAAAAGAAAAAAAAAACACACCACAACAUCUCUCCUAUUGGUGGAAAACUUCACCACAACAACCAAUCCAAAAUUAUAUGGUGACUGAUUGACAAGGGGCGGGCGCUUACGUUCUUCCUGCAACAUGAGAAGCGAGGGAGGGACUCUCAGCAGGGAUGCAGUCUGGGACACGUAGUUGCAAACCUAGCGACUUUGUUGUUAGAUUCAAUGACUUUUCAGACCCCCUAACGACUUUUUUUUAGAAAGAAAGGGACUUUUAUUGACUUCUUCUGGAGUUUAGAGACUCUGACAUGAAGCAGGCUUUCCUUACUGAGGAGUUAGCAACACUGCUAAGGGUGCAGAGCCACACAUGCGCUCCGAGCUCUGCAUGGGAGACUGAAGCUGACAGAGCUGCAGCAGUUAGCAGGUUUCACCCUCAGAGACCACCAGGGGUUCAUGUUGAGGCAUUUUAAAAAAAAAUUUUUUGUGCCAUAGACACUGUCAGCACAAUCUGCAGUUACACUAACAAAAAUGCUGGACAAAACAAAGAAUUAUGGAAAAAUUACACAUGGACUGACAUAGAGGAGGAUCUACACAAGUUUUUUACAUCAUGUUUUACAUCAUGCAUCAUUUACAUCAUGUUUUUUUGUAGUGGCAUAAAUAAAAAGUGACAUUUGUGAGACUAUACAGUGUUUUGUAAAUAAUUUUACAAAGAACGCCUGGGCCAUUGCCUGCAUUUUGAUGUAAAUAGAGGUAAAUCACCAUGUUCUUUGUUAAAAAUUUGCAUAUGUUUUGAAGUUUACAAUUUUUAUUUGAAGUUUAAGUUUUAAAAACAGUUCAUCACACAUAUUUGUGGUUUUCACAGUAAAAAUGUUACUUUUUUCCACUCGGAUAUUAUGUUUUGUGUGUGAAUUUGGGUCCAUUGUGUAAAAACAGUAUGUGAAAAUGAUAAAAUAACUGUAAAGUCACACAGGUGAGGUUGUGCUGAAAAAAAUGAUACCAGGCAAGGCAAGGUAAAAAAUUUUUAAGAGGAAAUAUAAAGGUAAAAUCUAAAGUAGUCAAAAACGGCCAAUAGUGACUCCCAGUCUCCAUAGACAAGUCCCUUUGGCGCCACUCAGUGGGCAAAACUACUUUGUCUGCUGUAAUGUAUAUUUGGGUCAUCUUUGGCGCCCGCUAGAACGUAAACCGUGGGGUGCAGCGUCAUGAUUUUUACAACUUUGAAUGGCCAUGGGUUGUAGAUUGGCCUGAGCAAAUUUGGUGUCAUUGGGACGAAAGCCUUAGGAGGAGUUAGCCACAUUCCAAUGUGUGCAAAUCGGCAAAAAAUGCAAAAUAGCCCUUUUACCAUACAUUAUACACAUACGCGCUCUUUGACUUUUUCGUAGAUCUUAUUGAGAUACACGUGAUUGUCAAAUUUUGUGUCAAUAUGACAAAGCGUUCAGGCAUGACACUCAACAAUGUGUGUUUUCACCUUAGGGGUCAAGAAAAAAUGGACUUUUUUCUCCUGCCAUGGGGGGGCGCUCUUUUGGGGAGUAAAAAUUCCUUCACAAAUGUGUUGAUGGCUGGACAUUGCAUCAUCCUAGAAAACUUGGAGGCCAGUGAGGACAAAAAUAAAAAGUUGUAAGACUUUUAAGACUGUGGAUUUUUGGGUUAUCUUUGGCGCCCCCUAGAACGUAAACCGUGGGGUGCAGCGUCAUGAUUUUGAUAACUUUUAAUGGCCACGGGGUGUAGAUUGGCCUGAGCAAAUGUGGUGCCGGUGGAACGAAAGCCUUCGGAGGAGUUAGCGAAAUUCCAAUGUGUGCGGAUCGGCAAAAAAUGCGAAAUAACCCUUUAACCGUAAUUUUGACAGAUACGCCCGCACUGACUUUUUUGUAGAUCUUAUUGAGAUACAUAUGUGUGUCAAUUUUUGUGUCAAUAUGACAAAGCGUACAGGCGUGACAGUCAAUAGUGUGAAUUUCCACCUUAGGGGGCGCUAUGGAGCCAUUUUGCAUUUUAUUGUUUGGGCGACUUCAGAAUAUCGAAUUUUUCACCAGGCCCGGUCGUCCUGCCAAAUUUCAUGAGUUUUCGCCAGUGGGAAGUGGGCCAUUUUCCAGUUCAAAGGGGAGGAAAAAGAAGAAAGAAAGAAACUAGGACCCCGUUGGGGCACUGGCGGGCCCGAGCCAUGUCGCGUCCCCCCCCCCCCCCCCCCCAACGUGCUGCCUCCCUGUCCCAUUUGUGUCCUCUGGCCAUCGCCCUCUCUGUUAACGCCCAUCACUGCAAAGACCCUUUUCCUUCAUCGGCGUUUGCUGUUCUUCCUGCCAGUGCGUGUUGCUUUCACUUACACUUGCCACAGCCAGCCUCGUGAGUGCCUAGCCUAUUGGAUAUCACUGUCACCUACACAGGACAGUCAUUACCUUUCUAUUAAUACUUUGUUUUUUAAUUUCACAUUAAUUUCCAUAUUGUAUAAACGACUGGAAAAAACUUGAGCCCCUGCCCCUGUAUAAUCAUGUGCAUGUCUCUGUUCUAGCUCCAAGGUGAAUCUUCACUGCUCAUGUUCUCCUCAGAAGCACUCACCUCACUCCCCUCAGGUUACUGUACACAUGCACCAACUGCCUGCUUCAGGUUUGGAUGGAGCUUCAUGGUUGUCUUUUGAAGAAAUGACCAGUCAAGUUGUGUUUGAAAUUUGAUUUUUUUCAGGGGCAAAAGGAGCCUCUGCAUUCUUGUCAAAUAUGUAAAUAGCAUGUUUUUGCAGGUGCUAAAAACCAGACUCUGAGUGUGUGUGUGUGUGUGUGUGUGUGUGUGUGUGUGUGUGCGUGUGUGUGUGUCUAUGUGUGCGUUCAAGUCACAUGACAUAUUUAACCGGAUGUAGCUGCAAGACGGAGCCUCGUUGAUUCUCCGUUUCAACUUAUCUCAAAAGUGAGGACCUCAACCUAUAUACCAGUUUUUAAAUUGUGUUGAUAGGCCAAAUAAAACCAGAGUUAUGAUAAAUUAUGUCCGCGAUACUUUUUUUCUGCUUAUUUUGAUCACGUUCGGCGCUCGAUCGCGCUGUAUGAGACAGGAAAACAUAGCAUGCAGACAUUAGCGACAGGUCUUACAGGCGGAAAAGGCUUGCCAAAAGAAAAAAAAAACACACCACAACAUCUCUCCUAUUGGUGGAAAACUUCACCACAACAACCAAUCCAAAAUUAUAUGGUGACUGAUUGACAAGGGGCGGGCGCUUACGUUCUUCCUGCAACAUGAGAAGGGAGGGAGGGACUCUCAGCAGGGAUGCAGUCUGGGACACGUAGUUGCAAACCUAGCGACUUUGUUGUUAGAUUCAAUGACUUUUCAGACACCCUAACGACUUUUUUUUAGAAAGAAAGGGACUUUUAUCGACUUCUUCUGGAGUUUAGAGACUCUGACAUGAAGCAGGCUUUCCUUACUGAGGAGUUAGCAACGCGGCUAAGGGUGCAGAGCCACACAUGCGCUCAGAGCUCUGCAUGGGAGACUGAAGCUGACAGAGCUGCAGCAGUUAGCAGGUUUCACCCUCAGAGACCACCAGGGGUUCAUGUUGAGGCAUUUUAAUUUUUUUUUUUUUUUGUGCCAUAGACACUGUCAGUACAAUCUGCAGUUACACUAACAAAAAUGCUGCAAAAAACAAAGAAUUAUGGAAAAAUUACACAUGGACUGACAUAGAGGAGGAUCUACACAAGUUUUUUACAUCAUGUUUUACAUCAUGCAUCAUUUACAUCAUGUUUUUUUGUAGUGGCAUAAAUAAAAAGUGACAUUUGUGAGACUAUACAGUGUUUUGUAAAUAAUUUUACAAAGAACGCCUGGGCCAUUGCCUGCAUUUUGAUGUAAAUAGAGGUAAAUCACUAUGUUCUUUGUUAAAAAUUUGCAUAUGUUUUGAAGUUUACAAUUUUUAUUUGAAGUUUAAGUUUUAAAAACAGUUCAUCACACAUAUUUGUGGUUUAAUUUCACAUUAAUUUCCAUAUUGUAUAAAUGACUGGAAAAAACUUGAGCCCCUGCCCCUGUAUAAUCAUGUGCACGUCCCUGUUCUAGCUCCAAGCUGAAUCUUCACUGCUCAUGUUCUCCUCAGAAAUAGUCACCUCACUCCCCUCAUGUUACUGUACACAUGCACCAACUAUCUGCUUCAGGUUAGAAAUGGAGCUUCAUGGUUGUCUUUUGGAGAAAUGAACAGUCAAGUUGUGUUUGAAAUUUGAUUUUUUUCAGGGGCAAAAGGAAGCCUCUGCAUUCUUGUCAAAUAUGUAAACAGCAUGUUUUUGCAGGUGCUAAAAAACAGACUCUGAGUGUGUGUGUGUGUCUGUGUGUGUGUGUGUGUGUGUGUGUGUGUGUGUGUGUGUGUGUGUUGUUGGCGUGUGUGUAUAUGUGUGUGUAUCCUGCAGUACUCUGUACUCCUGCAGUGGCCAAAAAGACUUUUAAGAAUGUGGAUUUUUGGGUCAUCUUUGGCGCCCCCUAGAACUGCAGUACUCUGUACUCCUGCAGUGGCCAAAAUGACUUUUAAGAAUGUGGAUUUUUGGGUCAUUUUGGCGCCCCCUAGAACGUAAACCGUGGGGUGCAGCGUCAUGAUUUUUACAACUUUGAAUGGGCAUGGGGUGUAGAUUGCCCUGAGCAAAUUUGGUAUCGGUGGGACGAAAGCCUUAGGAGGAGAUAGCCACAUUCCAAUGUGUGCGAAUCGGCAAAAAAUGCAAAAUAGCCCUUUAACCGUACAUUAUACAGAUACGCGCUCUUUGACUUUUUCGUAGAUCUAAUUGAGAUACACAUGAUUGUCAAUUUUUGUGUCAAUAUGACAAAGCGUUCAGGCGUGACACUCAACAAUGUGUAUUUUUAUGUAAGGGGACAAGAAAAAAUUGACUUUUUUCUCCUACCAUGGGGGGCGCUCUUUUGGGGAGUAAAAAUUCCUUCACAAAUGUGUUGAUGGCUGGACAUUGCAUCAUCCUAGAAAACUUGGAGGCCAGUGAGGACAAAAAUAAAAAGUUAUAAAACAUUUAAGAAUGUGGAUUUUUGGGUUAUUUUUGGCGCCCCCUAGAACCUAAACCAUGGGGUGCAGCAUCAUGAUUUGAAUAACUUUUAAUGGCCAUGGGGUGUAGAUUGGCCUGAGCAAAUGUGGUGCCGGUGGAACGAAAGCCUUCGGAGGAGUUAGCGAAAUUCCAAUGUGUGCGUAUCGGCAAAAAAUGCGGAAUAACCCUUUAACUGUACAUUUGACAGAUACGCGCGCAUGGACUUUUUGUAGAUCUUAUUGAGUUACAUGUGUGUGUCAAUUUUUGUGUCAUUUUGACAAAGCGUAUAGGCGUGACACUCAACAAUGUGUAUUUUCACCUUAGGGGACAAGAAAAAAUGGACUUUUUUCUCCUGCCAUGGGGGGCGCUCUUUUGGGGAGUAAAAAUUCCUUCACAAAUGUGUUGAUGGCUGGACAUUGCAUCAUCCUAGAAAACUUGGAGGCCAGUGAGGACAAAAAUAAAAAGUUAUAAGACUUUUAAAUAUGUGGAUUUUAGUGUUAUCUUUGGCGCCCCCUAGAACCUAAACCUUGGGGUGCAGCGUCAUGAUUUUGAUAACUUUUAAUGGCCACGGGGUGUAGAUUGGCCUGAGCAAAUGUGGUGCCGGUGGAACGAAAGCCUUCGGAGGAGUUAGCGAAAUUCCAAUGUGUGCGGAUCGGCAAAAAAUGCGAAAUAACCCUUUAACCGUAAUUUUGACAGAUACGGCCGCACUGACUUUUUUGUAGAUCUUAUUGAGAUACAUAUGUGUGUCAAUUUUUGUGUCAAUAUGACAAAGCGUACAGGCGUGACAGUCAAUAGUGUGAAUUUCCACCUUAGGGGGCGCUAUGGAGCCAUUUUGCAUUUUAUUGUUUGGGCGACUUCAGAAUAUCGAAUUUUUCACCAGGCCCGGUCGUCCUGCCAAAUUUCAUGAGUUUUCGCCAGUGGGAAGUGGGCCAUUUUCCAGUUCAAAGGGGAGGAAAAAGAAGAAAGAAAGAAAGAACUAGGACCCCGUUGGGGCACUGGCGGGCCCGAGCUGUGUCGCGUCCCCCCCCCAACGCGCUGCCUCCCCGUCCCAUUUGUGUCCUCUGGCCAUCGCCCUCUCUGGUAACGCCCAUCACUGCAAAGACCCUUUUCCUUCAUCGGCGUUUGCUGUUCUUCCUGCCAGUGCGUGUUGCUUUCACUUACACUUGCCACAGCCAGCCUCUUGAGUGCCUAGCCUAUUGGAUAUCACUGUCACCUACUCAGGACAGUCAUUACCUUUCUAUUAAUACUUUGUUUUUUAAUUUCACAUUAAUUUCCAUAUUGUAUAAACAACUGGAAAAAACUUGAGCCCCUGCCCCUGUAUAAUCAUGUGCACGUCUCUGUUCUAGCUGUAAGGUGAAUCUUCACUGCUCAUGUUCUCCUCAGAAGCACUCACCUCACUCCCCUCAGGUUACUGUACACAUGCACCAACUGCCUGCUUCAGGUUUGGAUGGAGCUUCAUGGUUGUCUUUUGGAGAAAUGACCAGUCAAGUUGUGUUUGAAAUGUGAUUUUUUUCAGGGGCAAAAGGAGCCUCUGCAUUCUUGUCAAAUAUGUAAAUAGCAUGUUUUUGCAGGUGCUAAAAACCAGACUCUGAGUGUGUGUGUGUGCGUGUGUCUGUGUGUGUGUGUGUGUGUGUGUGUGCGUUCAAGUCACAUGACAUAUUUAACCGGAUGUAGCUGCAAGACGGAGCCUCGUUGACUCCGUUUCAACUUAUCUCAAAAGUGAGGACCUCAACCUAUAUACCAGUUUUUAAAUUGUGUUGAUAGGCCAAAUAAAACCAGAGUUAUGAUAAAUUAUGUCCGCGAUACUUUUUUUCUGCUUAUUUUGAUCACGUUCGGCGCUCGAUCGCGCUGUAUGAGACAGGAAAACAUAGCAUGCAGACAUUAGCGACAGGUCUUACAGGCGGAAAAGGCUUGCCAAAGGAAAAAAAAAACACACCACAACAUCUCUCCUAUUGGUGGAAAACUUCACCACAACAACCAAUCCAAAAUUAUAUGGUGACUGAUUGACAAGGGGCGGGCGCUUACGUUCUUCCUGCAAUAUGAGAAGGGAGGGAGGGACUCUCAGCAGGGAUGCAGUCUGGGACACGUAGUUGCAAACCUAGCGACUUUGUUGUUAGAUUCAAUGACUUUUCAGACCCCCUAACGACUUUUUUUUUAGAAAGAAAGUGACUUUUAUCGACUUCUUCUGGAGUUUAGAGACUCUGACAUGAAGCAGGCUUUCCUUACUGAGGAGUUAGCAACGCUGCUAAGGGUGCAGAGCCACACAUGCGCUCCGAGCUCUGCAUGGGAGACUGAAGCUGACAGAGCUGCAGCAGUUAGCAGGUUUCACCCUCAGAGACCACCAGGGGUUCAUGUUGAGGCAUUUUCAGUUUUUUUUUUUUUUUUUGCCAUAGACACUGUCAGCACAAUCUGCAGUUACACUAACAAAAAUGCUGCAAAAAACAAAGAAUUAUGGAAAAAUUACACAUGGACUAACAUAGAGGAGGAUCUACACAAGUUUUUUACAUCAUGUUUUACAUCAUGCAUCAUUUACAUCAUGUUUUUUUGUAGUGGCAUAAUGAAAAGUGACAUUUGUGAGACUAUACAGUGUUUUGUAAAUAAUUUUACAAAGAACACCUGGGCCAUUGCCUGCAUUUUGAUGUCAAUAGAGGUAAAUUACUAUGUUCUUUGUUAAAAAUUUGCAUAUGUUUUGAAGUUUACAAUUUUUAUUUGAAGUUUAAGUUUUAAAAACAGUUCAUCACACAUAUUUGUGGUUUUCACAGUAAAAACGUUACUUUUUUCCACUCGGAUUUUAUGUUUUGUGUGUGAAUUUGGGUCCAAUGUGUAAAUAUAGUAUGUCAAAAUGAUAAAAUAACUGUAAAUUGACACAGGUGAGGUUGUGCUGAAAAAAAUGAUACCAGGCAAGGCAAGGUAAAAAUUUUGUAAGAGGAAAUAUAAAGGUAAAAUCUAAAGUAGUCAAAAACGGCCAAUAGUGACUCACAGACUCCACAGACAAGUCCCUUUGGCGCCACUCAGUGGGCAAAACUACUUUGUCUACUGUAAUGUAUAUUGGGGUCAUCUUUGGCGCCCCCUAAAACGUAAACCGUGGGGUGCAGCGUCAUGAUUUUUACAACUUUGAAUGGCCAUGGAGUGUAGAUUGGCCUGAGCAAAUUUGGUGUCAGUGGGACGAAAGCCUUAGGAGGAGUUAGCGAAAUUCCAAUGUGUGCGAAUCGGCAAAAAAUGCAAAAUAGCCCUUUUACCGUACAUUAUACAGAUACGCGCUCUUUGACUUUUUCGUAGAUCUAAUUGAGAUACACAUGAUUGUCAAUUUUUGUGUCAUUUUGCCAAAGCGUACAGGCGUGACAGUCAACAAUGUGUAUUUUCACCUUAGGGGACAAGAAAAAAUGGACUUUUUUCUCCUGCCAUGGGGGGGCGCUCUUUUAGGGAGUAAAAAUUCCUUCACAAAUGUGUUGAUGGCUGGACAUUGCAUCAUCCUAGAAAACUUGGAGGCCAGUGGGGACAAAAAUAAAAAGUUAUAAGACUUUUAAAUAUGUGGAUUUUACGGUUAUCUUUGGCUCCCCCUAGAACCUAAACCGUGGGGUGCAGCGUCAUGAUUUGAAUAACUUUUAAUGGCCAUGGGGUGUAGAUAGGUCUGAGCAAAUGUGGUGCCGGUGGAACGAAAGCCUUUGGAGGAGUUAGCGAAAUUCCAAUGUGUGCGGAUUGGCAAAAAAUGCGGAAUAACCCUUUAACCGUACAUUUGACAGAUACGCGCGCAUUGACUUUUUCGUAGAUCUUAUUGAGAUACAUGUGUGUGUCAAUUUUUGUGUCAUUUUGCCAAAGCGUACAGGUGUUACACUCAACAAUGUGUAUUUUCACCUUAGGGGACAAGAAAAAAUGGACUUUUUUCUCCUGCCAUGGGGGGCGCUCUUUUGGGGAGUAAAAAUUCCUUCACAAAUGUGUUGAUGGCUGGACAUUGCAUCAUCCUAGAAAACUUGGAGGCCAGUGAGGGCAAAAAUAAAAAGUUAUAAGACUUUUAAAUAUGUGGAUCUUAGGGUUAUCUUUGGCGCCCCCUAGAACCUAAACCGUGGGGUGCAGCGUCAUGAUUUGAAUAACUUUUAAUGGCCAUGGGGUGUAGAUUGGCCUGAGCAAAUGUGGUGCCGGUGGAACGAAAGCCUUCGGAGGAGUUAGCGAAAUUCCAAUGUGUGCGGAUCGGCAAAAAAUGCGAAAUAACCCUUUAACCGUACAUUUGACAGAUACGCCCGCACUGACUUUUUUGUAGAUCUUAUUGAGAUACAUGUGUGUGUCAAUUUUUGUGUCAUUUUGACAAAGCGUACAGGCGUGACAGUGAAUAGUGUGAAUUUUCACCUUAGGGGGCGCUAUGGAGCCAUUUUGCAUUUUCUUGUUUGGGCGACUUCGGAAUAUCAAAUUUUUCACCAGGCCCGGUCGUCCUGCCAAAUUUCAUGAGUUUUCGCCAGUGGGAAGUGGGCCAUUUUCCAGUUCAAAGGGGAGGAAAAAUAAUAAUAACUAGGACCCCGUUGGGGCACUGGCGGGCCCGAGCUGUGUCGCGUCCCCCCCCCCAACGCGCUGCCUCCCCGUCCCAUUCGCGUCCUCUGGCCGUCGCCCUCUCUGGUAACGCCCAUCACUGCAAAGACCCUUUUCCUUCAUCGGCGUUUGCUGUUCUUCCUGCCAGUGCGUGUUGCUUUCACUUACACUUGCCUCAGCCAGCCUUGUGAGUGCCUAGCCUAUUGGAUAUCACUGUCACCUACACAGGACAGUCAUUACCUUUCUAUUAAUACUUUGUGUUUUAAUUUCACAUUAAUUUCCAUAUUGUAUAAACGACUGGAAAAAACUUGAGCCCCUGCCCCUGUAUAAUCAUGUGCAUGUCUCUGUUCUAGCUCCAAGGUGAAUCUUCACUGCUCAUGUUCUCCUCAGAAGCAGUCACCUCACUCCCCUCAGGUUACUGUACACAUGCACCAACUGCCUGCUUCAGGUUUGGAUGGAGCUUCAUGGUUGUCUUUUGGAGAAAUGACCAGUCAAGUUGUGUUUGAAAUUUGAUUUUUUUCAGGGGCAAAAGGAGCCUCUGCAUUCUUGUCAAAUAUGUAAAUAGCAUGUUUUUGCAGGUGCUAAAAACCAGACUCUGAGUGUGUGUGUGUGCGUGUGUGUGUGUGUCUGUGUGUGUGUGUGUGUGUGUGUGUGUGUGUGUGUGUGUGCGUUCAAGUCACAUGACAUAUUUAACCGGAUGUAGCUGCAAGACGGAGCCUCGUUGACUCUCCGUUUCAAUUUAUCUCAAAAGUGAGGACCUCAACCUAUAUACCAGUUUUUAAAUUGUGUUGAUAGGCCAAAUAAAACCAGAGUUAUGAUAAAUUAUGUCCGCGAUACUUGUUUUCUGCUUAUUUUGAUCACGUUCGGCGCUCGAUCGCGCUGUAUGAGACAGGAAAACAUAGCAUGCAGACAUUAGCGACAGGUCUUACAGACGGAAAAGGCUUGCCAAAGGAAAAAAAAAACACACCACAACAUCUCUCCUAUUGGUGGAAAACUUCACCACAACAACCAAUCCAAAAUUAUAUGGUGACUGAUUGACAAGGGGCGGGAACUUACGUUCUUCCUGCAAUAUGAGAAGGGAGGGAGGGACUCUCAGCAGGGAUGCAGUCUGGGACACGUAGUUGCAAACCUAGCGACUUUGUUGUUAGAUUCAAUGACUUUUCAGACCCCCUAACGACUUUUUUUUAGAAAGAAAGGGACUUUUAUCGACUUCUUCUGGAGUUUAGAGACUCUGACAUGAAGCAGGCUUUCCUUACUGAGGAGUUAGCAACACUGCUAAGGGUGCAGAGCCACACAUGCGCUCCGAGCUCUGCAUGGGAGACUGAAGCUGACAGAGCUGCAGCAGUUAGCAGGUUUCACCCUCAGAGACCACCAGGGGUUCAUGUUGAGGCAUUUUCAGUUUUUUUUUUUUUUUUUUGCCAUAGACACUGUCAGCACAAUCUGCAGUUACACUAACAAAAAUGCUGCAAAAAACAAAGAAUUAUGGAAAAAUUACACAUGGACUAACAUAGAGGAGGAUCUACACAAGUUUUUUACAUCAUGUUUUACAUCAUGCAUCAUUUACAUCAUGUUUUUUUGUAGUGGCAUAAAUAAAAAGUGACAUUUGUGAGACUAUACAGUGUUUUGUAAAUAAUUUUACAAAGAACACCUGGGCCAUUGCCUGCAUUUUGAUGUCAAUAGAGGUAAAUUACUAUGUUCUUUGUUAAAAAUUUGCAUAUGUUUUGAAGUUUACAAUUUUUAUUUGAAGUUUAAGUUUUAAAAACAGUUCAUCACACAUAUUUGUGGUUUAAUUUCACAUUAAUUUCCAUAUUGUAUAAAUGACUGGAAAAAACUUGAGCCCCUGCCCCUGUAUAAUCAUGUGCACGUCCCUGUUCUAGCUCCAAGGUGAAUCUUCACUGCUCAUGUUCUCCUCAGAAAUAGUCACCUCACUCCCCUCAGGUUACUGUACACAUGCACCAACUAUCUGCUUCAGGUUUGAAAUGGAGCUUCAUGGUUGUCUUUUGGAGAAAUGAACAGUCAAGUUGUGUUUGAAAUUUGAUUUUUUUCAGGGGCAAAAGGAAGCCUCUGCAUUCUUGUCAAAUAUGUAAACAGCAUGUUUUUGCAGGUGCUAAAAAACAGACUCUGAGUGUGUGUGUGUGUCUGUGUGUGUGUGUGUGUGUGUGUGUAUGUUGGCGUGUGUGUAUAUGUGUGUGUAUCCUGCAGUACUCUAUACUCCUGCAGUGGCCAAAAAGACUUUUAAGAAUGUGGAUUUUUGGGUCAUCUUUGGCGCCCCCUAGAACUGCAGUACUCUGUACUCCUGCAGUGGCCAAAAUGACUUUUGAGAAUGUGGAUUUUUGGGUCAUCUUUGGCGCCCCCUAGAACGUAAACCGUGGGGUGCAGCGUCAUGAUUUUUACAAUUUUGAAUGGGCAUGGGGUGUAGAUUGCCCUGAGCAAAUUUGGUAUCGGUGGGACGAAAGCCUUAGGAGGAGAUAGCCACAUUCCAAUGUGUGCGAAUCGGCAAAAAAUGCAAAAUAGCCCUUUAACCGUACAUUAUACAGAUACGCGCUCUUUGACUUUUUCGUAGAUCUAAUUGAGAUACACAUGAUUGUCAAUUUUUGUGUCAAUAUGACAAAGCGUUCAGGCGUGACACUCAACAAUGUGUAUUUUUAUGUAAGGGGACAAGAAAAAAUUGACUUUUUUCUCCUACCAUGGGGGGGCGCUCUUUUGGGGAGUAAAAAUUCCUUCACAAAUGUGUUGAUGGCUGGACAUUGCAUCAUCCUAGAAAACUUGGAGGCCAGUGAGGACAAAAAUAAAAAGUUAUAAAACAUUUAAGAAUGUGGAUUUUUGGGUUAUUUUUGGCGCCCCCUAGAACCUAAACCAUGGGGUGCAGCAUCAUGAUUUGAAUAACUUUUAAUGGCCAUGGGGUGUAGAUUGGCCUGAGCAAAUGUGGUGCCGGUGGAACGAAAGCCUUCGGAGGAGUUAGCGAAAUUCCAAUGUGUGCGGAUCGGCAAAAAAUGCGAAAUAACCCUUUAACCGUACAUUUGACAGAUACGCCCGCACUGACUUUUUUGUAGAUCUUAUUGAGAUACAUGUGUGUGUCAAUUUUUGUGUCAUUUUGACAAAGCGUACCGGCGUGACAGUCAAUAGUGUGAAUUUUCACCUUAGGGGGCGCUAUGGAGCCAUUUUGCAUUUUCUUGUUUGGGCGACUUCGGAAUAUCAAAUUUUUCACCAGGCCCGGUUGUCCUGCCAAAUUUCAUGAGUUUUCGCCAGUGGGAAGUGGGCCAUUUUCCAGUUCAAAGGGGAGGAAAAAUAAUAAUAAUAAUAAUAAUAACAAAAGAAGGAAACUACAGGAACAAGAGGGCUCUCGCAGCUGCUUAGCAGCUACGCUCGGGCCCUAAUAAUAACAAAAGAAGGAAACUACAGGAACAAGAGGGCUCUCGCAGCUGCUUAGCAGCUACGCUCGGGCCCUAACUAGGGCCCCGUUGGGGCACUGGCGGGCCCGAGCCGUGUCACGCCGCCCCCAGCGUGACCGCCUCCCCCACCCGAUCGCGUCACACUCAAGGUCCAAAGAUGGUGUGCGCACUUGUUUGUGGUCAAUUACCAUUAUAAUGAACGGGAGGCGCAGUUUCUACCAAAGCGCUCGCUGCAGAAAAACUCCAUGUCCUAUUUGAAAAAAGUCUGGACCAUGAGUGAGGGCACAAACACAGCUAAGAUAUAUCCAAAUGGCAAGUUGCUCCUCCUUUCGCUUUUGCCGAGAGAGCAGUGCGUUUGAGCCAUUGAAUGAUGAACAGGAAAAACUUGACUUUAUUCUCCUGCCAUGGGGGGGCGCUCUUUUAACGAGAAAAACUCCUUCACAAAUGUGUUGAUGGCUGGACAUUGCAUCAUCCUAGAAAACAUGGAGGCCAGUGAGGACAAAAAUAAAAAGUUAUAAGACUUUUAAAUAUGUGGAUUUUAGGGUUAUCUUUGGCGCCCCCUAGAACCUAAACCGUGGGGUGCAGCGUCAUGAUUUGAAUAACUUUUAAUGGCCAUGGGGUGUAGAUUGGCCUGAGCAAAUGUGGUGCCGGUGGAACGAAAGCCUUCGGAGGAGUUAGCGAAAUUCCAAUGUGUGCGAAUCUGCAAAAAAUGCGAAAUAACCCUUUAACCGUACAUUUUACAGAUACGUGGCCAUUGACUUUUUCGAAGAUCUUAUUGAAAUACACGUGUAUGUAAAAUUUUGUGUCAAUACGACAAAACAUACAGGCGUAGCACUCAACAAUGUGUAUUUUCACCUUAGUGGACAAGAAAAAAUGGACUUUUUUCUCCUGCCAUGGGGGGGCGCUCUUUUGGCGAGUAAAAAUUCCUUCACAAAUGUGUUGAUGGCUGGACAUUGCAUCAUCCUAGAAAACUUGGAGGCCAGUGGGGACAAAAAUAAAAAGUUAUAAGACUUUUAAAUAUGUGGAUUUUACGGUUAUCUUUGGCGCCCCCUAGAACCUAAACCGUGGGGUGCAGCGUCAUGAUUUGAAUAACUUUUAAUGGCCAUGGGGUGUAGAUUGGCCUGAGCAAAUGUGGUGCCGGUGGAACGAAAGCCUUCGGAGGAGUUAGCGAAAUUCCAAUGUGUGCGGAUCGGCAAAAAAUGCGGAAUAACCCUUUAACCGUACAUUUAACAGAUACGCGCGCAUUGACUUUUUCGUAGAUCUUAUUGAGAUACAUGUGUGUGUCAAUUUUUGUGUCAUUUUGCCAAAGCGUACAGGUGUUACACUCAACAAUGUGUAUUUUCACCUUAGGGGACAAGAAAAAAUGGACUUUUUUCUCCUGCCAUGGGGGGCGCUCUUUUGGGGAGUAAAAAUUCCUUCACAAAUGUGUUGAUGGCUGGACAUUGCAUCAUCCUAGAAAACUUGGAGGCCAGUGAGGGCAAAAAUAAAAAGUUAUAAGACUUUUAAAUAUGUGGAUCUUAGGGUUAUCUUUGGCGCCCCCUAGAACCUAAACCGUGGGGUGCAGCGUCAUGAUUUGAAUAACUUUUAAUGGCCAUGGGGUGUAGAUUGGCCUGAGCAAAUGUGGUGCCGGUGGAACGAAAGCCUUCGGAGGAGUUAGCGAAAUUCCAAUGUGUGCGGAUCGGCAAAAAAUGCGAAAUAACCCUUUAACCGUACAUUUGACAGAUACGCCCGCACUGACUUUUUUGUAGAUCUUAUUGAGAUACAUGUGUGUGUCAAUUUUUGUGUCAUUUUGACAAAGCGUACAGGCGUGACAGUGAAUAGUGUGAAUUUUCACCUUAGGGGGCGCUAUGGAGCCAUUUUGCAUUUUCUUGUUUGGGCGACUUCGGAAUAUCAAAUUUUUCACCAGGCCCGGUCGUCCUGCCAAAUUUCAUGAGUUUUCGCCAGUGGGAAGUGGGCCAUUUUCCAGUUCAAAGGGGAGGAAAAAUAAUAAUAAUAACAAAAGAAGGAAACUACAGGAACAAGAGGGCUCUCGCAGCUGCUUAGCAGCUACGCUCGGGCCCUAAAGAAAGAAAGAAAGAAACAAAGAAAAACCACUUGGGGAAUAAUAGGGCCUACGCCCGGCUGCUCUGCAGCUGGCUCGGGCCCUAACAAAGAAAAACCCCUACAGGAAUAACAGGGCCUACGCCCGGCUGCUCUGCAGCUGGCUCGGGCCCUAAUAAUAACUAGGGCCCCGGUGGGGCACUGUCGGGCCCGAGCCGCGUCGCGCCGCCCCUAGCGCGACCGCCUCCCCCUCCCGAUCGCGUCACACUCAAGGUCCAAAGAUGGUGUGCGCACUUGUCUGUGGUCAUUUCCCAUUAUAAUGAAUGGGAGGCGCAGUUUCUACCAAAACACUCGCUGCAGACAAACUUCAUGUCCUAUUUGAAAAAAGUCUGGACCAUGAGUGAGGGCACAAACACAGCUAUGAUAUAUCGAAAUGGCAGGUUAAUCCUCCUUACGGUGUUGCCUGGAGAGCGAUGCGAUUGAGCCAUUGAGCGAUGGGCAGGGUUAACUUGACUUUUUCUCCUGCCUUGGGGGGGAUGUGGAUUCCUUUAAGAAUGUGGAUUUUUGGGUCAUCUUUGGCGCCCCCUAGAACGUAAACCGUGGGGUGCAGCGUCAUGAUUUUUAAAACUUUGAAUGGCCAUGGGGUGUAGAUUGGCCUGAGCAAAUUUGGUGUCAGUGGGACGAAAGCCUUAGGAGGAGUUAGCCACAUUCCAAUGUGUGCGAAUCGGCAAAAAAUGCAAAAUAGCCCUUUAACCGUACAUUUGACAGAUACGCGCGCAUUGACUUUUUUGUAGAUCUUAUUGAGAUACAUAUGUGUGUCAAUUUUUGUGUCAAUAUGAUAAAGCGUACAGGCGUGACAGUCAAUAGUGUGAAUUUCCACCUUAGGGGACAAGAAAAAAUCGACUUUUUUCUCCUGCCAUGGGGGGGCGCUCUUUUGGGGAGUAAAAAUUCCUUCACAAAUGUGUUGAUGGCUGGACAUUGCAUCAUCCUAGAAAACUUGGAGGCCAGUGAGGACAAAAAUAAAAAGUUAUAAGACUUUUAAAUAUGUGGAUUUUAGGGUUAUCUUUGGCGCCCCCUAGAACCUAAACCGUGGGGUGCAGCGUCAUGAUUUGAAUAACUUUUAAUGGCCAUGGGGUGUAGAUUGGCCUGAGCAAAUGUGGUGCCGGUGGAACAAAAGCCUUCGGAGGAGUUAGCGAAAUUCCAAUGUGUACGGAUCGCCAAAAAAUGCGAAAUAGCCCUUUAACCGUACAUUUGACAGAUACGCCCGCAUUGACUUUUUCGUAGAUCUUAUUGAGAUACACCUGUGUGCCAAAUUUUGUGUCAUUUUGACAAAGUGUAGAGGCGUGACACUCAACAAUGUGUAUUUUCACCUUAGGGGACAAGAAAAAAUGGACUUUUUUCUCCUGCCAUGGGGGGGCGCUCUUUUGGGGAGUAAAAAUUCCUUCACAAAUGUGUUGAUGGCUGGACAUUGCAUCAUCCUAGAAAACUUGGAGGCCAGUGAGGACAAAAAUAAAAAGUUAUAAGACUUUUAAAUAUGUGGAUUUUAGGGUUAUCUUUGGCGCCCCCUAGAACCUAAACCGUGGGGUGCAGCGUCAUGAUUUGAAUAACUUUUAAUGGCCAUGGGGUGUAGAUUGGCCUGAGCAAAUGUGGUGCCGGUGGAACGAAAGCCUUCGGAGGAGUUAGCGAAAUUCCAAUGUGUACGGAUCGCCAAAAAAUGCGAAAUAGCCCUUUAACCGUACAUUUGACAGAUACGCCCGCACUGACUUUUUUGUAGAUCUUAUUGAGAUACAUAUGUGUGUCAAAUUUUGUGUCAUUUUGACAAAGCGUACAGGCGUGACAGUCAAUAGUGUGAAUUUCCACCUUAGGGGGCGCUAUGGAGCCAUUUUGCAUUUUAUUGUUUGGGCGACUUCAGAAUAUCAAAUUUUUCACCAGGCCUGGUCGUCCUGCCAAAUUUCAUGAGUUUUCGCCAGUGGGAAGUGGGCCAUUUUCCAGUUUAAAGGGGAGGAAAAAUAAUAAUAAUAACAAAAGAAGGAAACAUGCAGGAACAAGAGGGCUCUCGCAGCUGCUUAGCAGCUACGCUCGGGCCCUAACUAGGGCCCCGUUGGGGCACUGGCGGGCCCGAGCCGUGUCACGCCGCCCCCAGCGCGACCACCUCCCCCACCCGAGCGCGUCACACUCAAGGUCCAAAGAUGGUGUGCGCACUUGUUUGUGGUCAUUUACCAUUAUAAUGAACGGGAGGCGCAGUUUCUACCAAAACGCUCGCUGCAGAAAAACUCCAUGUCCUAUUUGAAAAAAGUCUGGACCAUGAGUGAGGGCACAAACACAGCUAAGAUAUAUCCAAAUGGCAAGUUGCUCCUCCUUUCGCUUUUGCCGAGAGAGCAGUGCGUUUGAGCCAUUGAAUGAUGAACAGGAAAAACUUGACUUUAUUCUCCUGCCAUGGGGGGCGCUCUUUUAACGAGAAAAACUCCUUCACAAAUGUGUUGAUGGCUGGACAUUGCAUCAUCCUAGAAAACAUGGAGGCCAGUGAGGACAAAAAUAAAAAGUUAUAAGACUUUUAAAUAUGUGGAUUUUAGGGUUAUCUUUGGCGCCCCCUAGAACCUAAACCGUGGGGUGCAGCGUCAUGAUUUGAAUAACUUUUAAUGGCCAUGGGGUGUAGAUUGGCCUGAGCAAAUGUGGUGCCGGUGGAACGAAAGCCUUCGGAGGAGUUAGCUAAAUUCCAAUGUGUGCGAAUCUGCAAAAAAUGCGAAAUAACCCUUUAACCGUAAUUUUACAGAUACGUGGCCAUUGACUUUUUCGAAGAUCUUAUUGAAAGACACGUGUAUGUAAAAUUUUGUGUCAAUACGACAAAACAUACAGGCGUAGCACUCAACAAUGUGUAUUUUCACAUUAGUGGACAAGAAAAAAUGGACUUUUUUCUCCUGCCAUGGGGGGGCGCUCUUUUGGCGAGUAAAAAUUCCUUCACAAAUGUGUUGAUGGCUGGACAUUGCAUCAUCCUAGAAAACUUGGAGGCCAGUGGGGACAAAAAUAAAAAGUUAUAAGACUUUUAAAUAUGUGGAUUUUACGGUUAUCUUUGGCGCCCCCUAGAACCUAAACCGUGGGGUGCAGCGUCAUGAUUUGAAUAACUUUUAAUGGCCAUGGGGUGUAGAUUGGCCUGAGAAAAUGUGGUGCCGGUGGAACGAAAGCCUUCGGAGGAGUUAGCGAAAUUCCAAUGUGUGCGGAUCGGCAAAAAAUGCGGAAUAACCCUUUAACCGUACAUUUGACAGAUACGUGCGCAUUGACUUUUUUGUAGAUCUUAUUGAGAUACAUGUGUGUGUCAAUUUUGGUGUCAUUUUGCCAAAGCCUACAGGUGUUACACUCAACAAUGUGUAUUUUCACCUUAGGGGACAAGAAAAAAUGGACUUUUUUCUCCUGCCAUGGGGGGGCGCUCUUUUGGGGAGUAAAAAUUCCUUCACAAAUGUGUUGAUGGCUGGACAUUGCAUCAUCCUAGAAAACUUGGAGGCCAGUGAGGGCAAAAAUAAAAAGUUAUAAGACUUUUAAAUAUGUGGAUCUUAGGGUUAUCUUUGGCGCCCCCUAGAACCUAAACCGUGGGGUGCAGCGUCAUGAUUUGAAUAACUUUUAAUGGCCAUGGGGUGUAGAUUGGCCUGAGCAAAUGUGGUGCCGGUGGAACGAAAGCCUUCGGAGGAGUUAGCGAAAUUCCAAUGUGUGCGGAUCGGCAAAAAAUGCGAAAUAACCCUUUAACCGUACAUUUGACAGAUACGCCCGCACUGACUUUUUUGUAGAUCUUAUUGAGAUACAUGUGUGUGUCAAUUUUUGUGUCAUUUUGACAAAGCGUACAGGCGUGACAGUCAAUAGUGUGAAUUUUCACCUUAGGGGGCGCUAUGGAGCCAUUUUGCAUUUUCUUGUUUGGGCGACUUCGGAAUAUCAAAUUUUUCACCAGGCCCGGUCGUCCUGCCAAAUUUCAUGAGUUUUCGCCAGUGGGAAGUGGGCCAUUUUCCAGUUCAAAGGGGAGGAAAAAUAAUAAUAAUAACAAAAGAAGGAAACUACAGGAACAAGAGGGCUCUCGCAGCUGCUUAGCAGCUACGCUCGGGCCCUAAGAAGAAUCCAUCAGGAAUAAUAGGGCUCUCGCAGCUGCUUAGCAGCUACGCUCGGGCCCUAAAGAAGAAAGAAGAAUCCAUCAGGAAUAAUAGGGCUCUCGCAGCUGCUUAGCAGCUACGCUCGGGCCCUAACAAAGACUAGGGCCCCGGUGGGGCACUGUCGGGCCCGAGCCGCGUCGUGCCGCCCCCAGCGUGACCGCCUCCCCCUCCCGAUCGCGUCACACUCAAGGUCCAAAGAUGGUGUGCGCACUUGUCUGUGGUCAUUUCCCAUUAUAAUGAAUGGGAGGCGCAGUUUCUACCAAAACACUCGCUGCAGACAAACUUCAUGUCCUAUUUGAAAAAAGUCUGGACCAUGAGUGAGGGCACAAACACAGCUGGGAUAUAUCCAAAUGGCAGGUUGCUCCUCCUUACGGUGUUGCCUGGAGAGUGAUGCGAUUGAGCCAUUGAGCGAUGGGCAGGAAAAACUUGACUUUUUCUCCUGCCAUGGGGGGGCGCUCUUUUGGGGAGAAAAAUUCCUUCACAAAUGUGUUGAUGGCUGGACAUUGCAUCAUCCUAGAAAACUUGGAGGCCAGUGAGGACAAAAAUAAAAUGUUAUAAGACUUUAAAAAUGUGGAUAUUUGGGUCCUCUUUGGCGCCCCCUAGAACGUAGACCAUGGGGUGCAGCGUCAUGAUUUUUACAACUUUGAAUGGCCAUGGGGUGUAGAUUGGCCUGAGCAAAUUUGGUGUCAGUGGGACGAAAACCUUAGGAGGAGUUAGCCACAUUCCAAUGUGUGCGAAUCGGCAAAAAAUGCGAAAUAGCCCUUUAACCGUACAUUUUACAGAUACGCGCGCAUUGACUUUUUCGUAGAUCUUAUUGAGAUACACGUGAUUGUCAAAUUUUGUGUCAAUAUGACAAAGCGUACAGGCGUGGCAUUCAACAAUGUGUAUUUUCACCUUAGGGGACAAGAAAAAAUUGACUUUUUUGUCCUGCCAUGGGGGGGGCGCUCUUUUGGGGAGUAAAAAUUCCUUCACAAAUGUGUUGAUGGCUGGACAUUGCAUCAUCCUAGAAAACUUGGAGGCCAGUGAGGGCAAAAAUAAAAAGUUAUAAAACUUUUAAGAAUGUGGAUUUUAGGGUUAUUUUUGGCGCCCCCUAGAACCUAAACCAUGGGGUGCAGCAUCAUGAUUUGUACAACUUUGAAUGGCCAUGGAGUGUAGAUUGGCCUGAGCAAAUGUGGUGCCGGUGGACCGAAAGCCUUCGGAGGAGUUAGCGAAAUUCCAAUGUGUGCGGAUCUGCAAAAAAUGCGAAAUAACCCUUUAACCGUACAUUUGACAGAUACGCCCGCACUGACUUUUUUGUAGAUCUUAUUGAGAUACAUGUGUGUGUCAAUUUUUGUGUCAAUAUGACAAAGCGUACAGACGUGACAGUCAAUAGUGUGAAUUUUCACCUUAGGGGGCGCUAUGGAGCCAUUUUGUAUUUUAUUGUUUGGGCGACUUCAGAAUAUCGAAUUUUUCACCAGGCCCGGUCGUCCUGCCAAAUUUCCUGAGUUUUCGCCAGUGGGAAGUGGGCCAUUUUCCAGUUUAAAGCGGAGGAAAAAUAAUAACUAGGACCCCGUUGGGGCACUGGCGGGCCCGAGCUGUGUCGCAUCCCCCCCCCAACGCGCUGCCUCCCCGUCCCAUUUGUGUCCUCUGGCCAUCGCCCUCUCUGGUAACGCCCAUCACUGCAAAGACCCUUUUCCUUCAUCGGCGUUUGCUGUUCUUCCUUCCAGUGCGUGUUGCUUUCACUUACACUUGCCACAGCCAGCCUCGUGAGUGCCUAGCCUAUUGGAUAUCACUGUCACCUACACAGGACAGUCAUUACCUUUCUAUUAAUACUUUGUUUUUUAAUUUCACAUUAAUUUCCAUAUUGUAUAAACAACUGGAAAAAACUUGAGCCCCUGCCCCUGUAUAAUCAUGUGCACGUCUCUGUUCUAGCUGUAAGGUGAAUCUUCACUGCUCAUGUUCUCCUCAGAAGCAGUCACCUCACUCCCCUCAGGUUACUGUACACAUGCACCAACUGCCUGCUUCAGGUUUGGAUGGAGCUUCAUGGUUGUCUUUUGGAGAAAUGACCAGUCAAGUUGUGUUUGAAAUUUGAUUUUUUUCAGGGGCAAAAGGAGCCUCUGCAUUCUUGUCAAAUAUGUAAAUAGCAUGUUUUUGCAGGUGCUAAAAACCAGACUCUGAGUGUGUGUGUGUGCGUGUGUGUGUGUGUCUGUGUGUGUGUGUGUGUCUGUGUGUGCGUUCAAGUCACAUGACAUAUUUAACCGGAUGUAGCUGCAAGACGGAGCCUCGUUGACUCUCCGUUUCAACUUAUCUCAAAAGUGAGGACCUCAACCUAUAUACCAGUUUUUAAAUUGUGUUGAUAGGCCAAAUAAAACCAGAGUUAUGAUAAAUUAUGUCCGCGAUACUUGUUUUCUGCUUAUUUUGAUCACGUUCGGCGCUCGAUCGCGCUGUAUGAGACAGGAAAACAUAGCAUGCAGACAUUAGCGACAGGUCUUACAGGCGGAAAAGGCUUGCCAAAGGAAAAAAAAACACACCACAACAUCUCUCCUAUUGGUGGAAAACUUCACCACAACAACCAAUCCAAAAUUAUAUGGUGACUGAUUGACAAGGGGCGGGCGCUUACGUUCUUCCUGCAAUAUGAGAAGGGAGGGAGGGACUCUCAGCAGGGAUGCAGUCUGGGACACGUAGUUGCAAACCUAGCAACUUUGUUGUUAGAUUCAAUGACUUUUCAGACCCCCUAACGACUUUUUUUAGAAAGAAAGUUACUUUUAUCGACUUAAUCUGGAGUUUAGAGACUCUGACAUGAAGCAGGCUUUCCUUACUGAGGAGUUAGCAACGCUGCUAAGGGUGCAGAGCCACACAUGCGCUCCGAGCUCUGCAUGGGAGACUGAAGCUGACAGAGCUGCAGCAGUUAGCAGGUUUCACCCUCAGAGACCAACAGGGGUUCAUGUUGAGGCAUUUUCAGUUUUUUUUUUUUUUUUGCCAUAGACACUGUCAGCACAAUCUGCAGUUACACUAACAAAAAUGCUGCAAAAAACAAAGAAUUAUGGAAAAAUUACACAUGGACUAACAUAGAGGAGGAUCUACACAAGUUUUUUACAUCAUGUUUUACAUCAUGCAUCAUUUACAUCAUGUUUUUUUGUAGUGGCAUAAAUAAAAAGUGACAUUUGUGAGACUAUACAGUGUUUUGUAAAUAAUUUUACAAAGAACACCUGGGCCAUUGCCUGCAUUUUGAUGUAAAUAGAGGUAAAUUACUAUGUUCUUUGUUAAAAAUUUGCAUAUGUUUUGAAGUUUACAAUUUUUAUUUGAAGUUUAAGUUUUAAAAACAGUUCAUCACACAUAUUUGUGGUUUUCACAGUAAAAACGUUACUUUUUUCCACUCGGAUUUUAUGUUUUGUGUGUGAAUUUGGGUCCAAUGUGUAAAUAUAGUAUGUCAAAAUGAUAAAAUAACUGUAAAUUGACACAGGUGAGGUUGUGCUGAAAAAAAUGAUACCAGGCAAGGCAAGGUAAAAAUUUUGUAAGAGGAAAUAUAAAGGUAAAAUCUAAAGUAGUCAAAAACGGCCAAUAGUGACUCACAGACUCCACAGACAAGUCCCUUUGGCGCCACUCAGUGGGCAAAACUACUUUGUCUACUGUAAUGUAUAUUUGGGUCAUCUUUGGCGCCCCCUAAAACGUAAACCGUGGGGUGCAGCGUCAUGAUUUUUACAACUUUGAAUGGCCAUGGAGUGUAGAUUGGUCUGAGCAAAUUUGGUGUCAGUGGGACGAAAGCCUUAGGAGGAGUUAGCGAAAUUCCAAUGUGUGCGAAUCGGCAAAAAAUUCAAAAUAGCCCUUUUACCGUACAUUAUACAGAUACACGCUCUUUGACUUUUUCGUAGAUCUAAUUGAGAUACACAUGACUGUCAAUUUUUGUGUCAAUAUGACAAAGCGUACAGGCGUGACACUCAACAAUGUGUAUUUUCACCUUAGGCGACAAGAAAAAAUUGACUUUUUUCUCCUGCCAUGGGGGGGCGCUCUUUUGGGGAGUAAAAAUUUCUUCACAAAUGUGUUGAUGGCUGGACAUUGCAUCAUCCUAAAAAACUUGGAGGCCAGUGAGGACAAAAAUAAAAAGUUAUAAGACUUUUAAAUAUGUGGAUUUUAGGGUUAUAUUUGGCGCCCCCUAGAACCUAAACCGUGGGGUGCAGCAAGAUGAUUUGUACAACUUUUAAUGGCCAUGGGGUGUAGAUUGGCCUGAGCAAAUUUGGUGCCGGUGGAAAGAUAGCCUUCGGAGGAGUUAGCGAAAUUCCAAUGUGUGCGAAUCGGCAAAAAAUUCAAAAUAGCCCUUUAACCGUACAUUAUACAGAUACACGCUCUUUGACUUUUUCGUAGAUCUUAUUAAGAUACACGUGAUUGUCAAAUUUUGUGUCAAUAUGACAAAGCAUACAGGCGUGACACUCGACAAUGUGUAUUUUCACCUUAGGAGACAAGAAAAAAUGGACCUUUUUCUCCUGCCAUUGGGGGGCGCUCUUUUGGGGAGUAAAAAUUCCUUCACAAAUGUGUUGAUGGCUGGACAUUGCAUCAUCCUAGAAAACUUGGAGGCCAGUGAGGACAAAAGACAAAAGUUAUAAGACUUUUAAGAAUGUGGAUUUUUGGGUUAUCUUUGGCGCCCCCUAGAACGUAAACCGUGGGGUGCAGCGUCAUGAUUUGUACAACUUUUAAUGGCCAUGGGGGGUAGAUUGGCCUGCGCAAAUGUGGUGCCGGUCGAACGAAAGCCUUCGGAGGAGUUAGCGAAAUUCCAAUGUGUGCGAAUCGGCAAAAAAUGCAAAAUAGCCCUUUAACCGUACAUUUGACAGAUACGCCCACACUGACUUUUUUGUAGAUCUUAUUGAGAUACAUGUGUGUGUCAAUUUUUGUGUCAAUAUGACAAAGCAUACAGGCGUCAUGUGAAUUUUCACCUUAGGGGGCGCUAUGGAGCCAUUUUGCAUUUUAUUGUUUGGGCGACUUCAGAAUAUCGAAUUUUUCACCAGGCCCGGUCGUCCUGCCAAAUUUCCUGAGUUUUCGCCAGUGGGAAAUGGGCCAUUUUCCAGUUUAAAGCGGAGGAAAAAUAAUAACGACGGAAGGAAACAUGCAGGAACAAGAGGGCUCUCGCAGCUGCUUAGCAGCUACGCUCGGGCCCUAACUAGGACCCCGUUGGGGCACUGGCGGGCCCGAGCUGUGUCGCGUCCCCCCCCCAACGCGCUGCCUCCCCGUCCCAUUUGUGUCCUCUGGCCAUCGCCCUCUCUGGUAACGCCCAUCACUGCAAAGACCCUUUUCCUUCAUCGGCGUUUGCUGUUCUUCCUGCCAGUGCGUGUUGCUUUCACUUACACUUGCCACAGCCAGCCUCUUGAGUGCCUAGCCUAUUGGAUAUCACUGUCACCUACUCAGGACAGUCAUUACCUUUCUAUUAAUACUUUGUUUUUUAAUUUCACAUUAAUUUCCAUAUUGUAUAAACAACUGGAAAAAACUUGAGCCCCUGCCCCUGUAUAAUCAUGUGCACGUCUCUGUUCUAGCUGUAAGGUGAAUCUUCACUGCUCAUGUUCUCCUCAGAAGCACUCACCUCACUCCCCUCAGGUUACUGUACACAUGCACCAACUGCCUGCUUCAGGUUUGGAUGGAGCUUCAUGGUUGUCUUUUGGAGAAAUGACCAGUCAAGUUGUGUUUGAAAUGUGAUUUUUUUCAGGGGCAAAAGGAGCCUCUGCAUUCUUGUCAAAUAUGUAAAUAGCAUGUUUUUGCAGGUGCUAAAAACCAGACUCUGAGUGUGUGUGUGUGCGUGUGUCUGUGUGUGUGUGUGUGUGUGUGUGUGCGUUCAAGUCACAUGACAUAUUUAACCGGAUGUAGCUGCAAGACGGAGCCUCGUUGACUCCGUUUCAACUUAUCUCAAAAGUGAGGACCUCAACCUAUAUACCAGUUUUUAAAUUGUGUUGAUAGGCCAAAUAAAACCAGAGUUAUGAUAAAUUAUGUCCGCGAUACUUUUUUUCUGCUUAUUUUGAUCACGUUCGGCGCUCGAUCGCGCUGUAUGAGACAGGAAAACAUAGCAUGCAGACAUUAGCGACAGGUCUUACAGGCGGAAAAGGCUUGCCAAAGGAAAAAAAAAACACACCACAACAUCUCUCCUAUUGGUGGAAAACUUCACCACAACAACCAAUCCAAAAUUAUAUGGUGACUGAUUGACAAGGGGCGGGCGCUUACGUUCUUCCUGCAAUAUGAGAAGGGAGGGAGGGACUCUCAGCAGGGAUGCAGUCUGGGACACGUAGUUGCAAACCUAGCGACUUUGUUGUUAGAUUCAAUGACUUUUCAGACCCCCUAACGACUUUUUUUUUAGAAAGAAAGUGACUUUUAUCGACUUCUUCUGGAGUUUAGAGACUCUGACAUGAAGCAGGCUUUCCUUACUGAGGAGUUAGCAACGCUGCUAAGGGUGCAGAGCCACACAUGCGCUCCGAGCUCUGCAUGGGAGACUGAAGCUGACAGAGCUGCAGCAGUUAGCAGGUUUCACCCUCAGAGACCACCAGGGGUUCAUGUUGAGGCAUUUUCAGUUUUUUUUUUUUUUUUUGCCAUAGACACUGUCAGCACAAUCUGCAGUUACACUAACAAAAAUGCUGCAAAAAACAAAGAAUUAUGGAAAAAUUACACAUGGACUAACAUAGAGGAGGAUCUACACAAGUUUUUUACAUCAUGUUUUACAUCAUGCAUCAUUUACAUCAUGUUUUUUUGUAGUGGCAUAAUGAAAAGUGACAUUUGUGAGACUAUACAGUGUUUUGUAAAUAAUUUUACAAAGAACACCUGGGCCAUUGCCUGCAUUUUGAUGUCAAUAGAGGUAAAUUACUAUGUUCUUUGUUAAAAAUUUGCAUAUGUUUUGAAGUUUACAAUUUUUAUUUGAAGUUUAAGUUUUAAAAACAGUUCAUCACACAUAUUUGUGGUUUUCACAGUAAAAACGUUACUUUUUUCCACUCGGAUUUUAUGUUUUGUGUGUGAAUUUGGGUCCAAUGUGUAAAUAUAGUAUGUCAAAAUGAUAAAAUAACUGUAAAUUGACACAGGUGAGGUUGUGCUGAAAAAAAUGAUACCAGGCAAGGCAAGGUAAAAAUUUUGUAAGAGGAAAUAUAAAGGUAAAAUCUAAAGUAGUCAAAAACGGCCAAUAGUGACUCACAGACUCCACAGACAAGUCCCUUUGGCGCCACUCAGUGGGCAAAACUACUUUGUCUACUGUAAUGUAUAUUGGGGUCAUCUUUGGCGCCCCCUAAAACGUAAACCGUGGGGUGCAGCGUCAUGAUUUUUACAACUUUGAAUGGCCAUGGAGUGUAGAUUGGCCUGAGCAAAUUUGGUGUCAGUGGGACGAAAGCCUUAGGAGGAGUUAGCGAAAUUCCAAUGUGUGCGAAUCGGCAAAAAAUGCAAAAUAGCCCUUUUACCGUACAUUAUACAGAUACGCGCUCUUUGACUUUUUCGUAGAUCUAAUUGAGAUACACAUGAUUGUCAAUUUUUGUGUCAUUUUGCCAAAGCGUACAGGAGUUACAGUCAACAAUGUGUAUUUUCACCUUAGGGGACAAGAAAAAAUGGACUUUUUUCUCCUGCCAUGGGGGGGCGCUCUUUUAGGGAGUAAAAAUUCCUUCACAAAUGUGUUGAUGGCUGGACAUUGCAUCAUCCUAGAAAACUUGGAGGCCAGUGGGGACAAAAAUAAAAAGUUAUAAGACUUUUAAAUAUGUGGAUUUUACGGUUAUCUUUGGCUCCCCCUAGAACCUAAACCGUGGGGUGCAGCGUCAUGAUUUGAAUAACUUUUAAUGGCCAUGGGGUGUAGAUAGGUCUGAGCAAAUGUGGUGCCGGUGGAACGAAAGCCUUUGGAGGAGUUAGCGAAAUUCCAAUGUGUGCGGAUUGGCAAAAAAUGCGGAAUAACCCUUUAACCGUACAUUUGACAGAUACGCGCGCAUUGACUUUUUCGUAGAUCUUAUUGAGAUACAUGUGUGUGUCAAUUUUUGUGUCAUUUUGCCAAAGCGUACAGGUGUUACACUCAACAAUGUGUAUUUUCACCUUAGGGGACAAGAAAAAAUGGACUUUUUUCUCCUGCCAUGGGGGGGCGCUCUUUUGGGGAGUAAAAAUUCCUUCACAAAUGUGUUGAUGGCUGGACAUUGCAUCAUCCUAGAAAACUUGGAGGCCAGUGAGGGCAAAAAUAAAAAGUUAUAAGACUUUUAAAUAUGUGGAUCUUAGGGUUAUCUUUGGCGCCCCCUAGAACCUAAACCGUGGGGUGCAGCGUCAUGAUUUGAAUAACUUUUAAUGGCCAUGGGGUGUAGAUUGGCCUGAGCAAAUGUGGUGCCGGUGGAACGAAAGCCUUCGGAGGAGUUAGCGAAAUUCCAAUGUGUGCGGAUCGGCAAAAAAUGCGAAAUAACCCUUUAACCGUACAUUUGACAGAUACGCCCGCACUGACUUUUUUGUAGAUCUUAUUGAGAUACAUGUGUGUGUCAAUUUUUGUGUCAUUUUGACAAAGCGUACAGGCGUGACAGUGAAUAGUGUGAAUUUUCACCUUAGGGGGCGCUAUGGAGCCAUUUUGCAUUUUCUUGUUUGGGCGACUUCGGAAUAUCAAAUUUUUCACCAGGCCCGGUCGUCCUGCCAAAUUUCAUGAGUUUUCGCCAGUGGGAAGUGGGCCAUUUUCCAGUUCAAAGGGGAGGAAAAAUAAUAAUAACUAGGACCCCGUUGGGGCACUGGCGGGCCCGAGCUGUGUCGCGUCCCCCCCCCCAACGCGCUGCCUCCCCGUCCCAUUCGCGUCCUCUGGCCGUCGCCCUCUCUGGUAACGCCCAUCACUGCAAAGACCCUUUUCCUUCAUCGGCGUUUGCUGUUCUUCCUGCCAGUGCGUGUUGCUUUCACUUACACUUGCCUCAGCCAGCCUUGUGAGUGCCUAGCCUAUUGGAUAUCACUGUCACCUACACAGGACAGUCAUUACCUUUCUAUUAAUACUUUGUGUUUUAAUUUCACAUUAAUUUCCAUAUUGUAUAAACGACUGGAAAAAACUUGAGCCCCUGCCCCUGUAUAAUCAUGUGCAUGUCUCUGUUCUAGCUCCAAGGUGAAUCUUCACUGCUCAUGUUCUCCUCAGAAGCAGUCACCUCACUCCCCUCAGGUUACUGUACACAUGCACCAACUGCCUGCUUCAGGUUUGGAUGGAGCUUCAUGGUUGUCUUUUGGAGAAAUGACCAGUCAAGUUGUGUUUGAAAUUUGAUUUUUUUCAGGGGCAAAAGGAGCCUCUGCAUUCUUGUCAAAUAUGUAAAUAGCAUGUUUUUGCAGGUGCUAAAAACCAGACUCUGAGUGUGUGUGUGUGCGUGUGUGUGUGUGUCUGUGUGUGUGUGUGUGUGUGUGUGUGUGUGUGUGUGUGUGCGUUCAAGUCACAUGACAUAUUUAACCGGAUGUAGCUGCAAGACGGAGCCUCGUUGACUCUCCGUUUCAAUUUAUCUCAAAAGUGAGGACCUCAACCUAUAUACCAGUUUUUAAAUUGUGUUGAUAGGCCAAAUAAAACCAGAGUUAUGAUAAAUUAUGUCCGCGAUACUUGUUUUCUGCUUAUUUUGAUCACGUUCGGCGCUCGAUCGCGCUGUAUGAGACAGGAAAACAUAGCAUGCAGACAUUAGCGACAGGUCUUACAGACGGAAAAGGCUUGCCAAAGGAAAAAAAAAACACACCACAACAUCUCUCCUAUUGGUGGAAAACUUCACCACAACAACCAAUCCAAAAUUAUAUGGUGACUGAUUGACAAGGGGCGGGAACUUACGUUCUUCCUGCAAUAUGAGAAGGGAGGGAGGGACUCUCAGCAGGGAUGCAGUCUGGGACACGUAGUUGCAAACCUAGCGACUUUGUUGUUAGAUUCAAUGACUUUUCAGACCCCCUAACGACUUUUUUUUAGAAAGAAAGGGACUUUUAUCGACUUCUUCUGGAGUUUAGAGACUCUGACAUGAAGCAGGCUUUCCUUACUGAGGAGUUAGCAACACUGCUAAGGGUGCAGAGCCACACAUGCGCUCCGAGCUCUGCAUGGGAGACUGAAGCUGACAGAGCUGCAGCAGUUAGCAGGUUUCACCCUCAGAGACCACCAGGGGUUCAUGUUGAGGCAUUUUCAGUUUUUUUUUUUUUUUUUUUGCCAUAGACACUGUCAGCACAAUCUGCAGUUACACUAACAAAAAUGCUGCAAAAAACAAAGAAUUAUGGAAAAAUUACACAUGGACUAACAUAGAGGAGGAUCUACACAAGUUUUUUACAUCAUGUUUUACAUCAUGCAUCAUUUACAUCAUGUUUUUUUGUAGUGGCAUAAAUAAAAAGUGACAUUUGUGAGACUAUACAGUGUUUUGUAAAUAAUUUUACAAAGAACACCUGGGCCAUUGCCUGCAUUUUGAUGUCAAUAGAGGUAAAUUACUAUGUUCUUUGUUAAAAAUUUGCAUAUGUUUUGAAGUUUACAAUUUUUAUUUGAAGUUUAAGUUUUAAAAACAGUUCAUCACACAUAUUUGUGGUUUAAUUUCACAUUAAUUUCCAUAUUGUAUAAAUGACUGGAAAAAACUUGAGCCCCUGCCCCUGUAUAAUCAUGUGCACGUCCCUGUUCUAGCUCCAAGGUGAAUCUUCACUGCUCAUGUUCUCCUCAGAAAUAGUCACCUCACUCCCCUCAGGUUACUGUACACAUGCACCAACUAUCUGCUUCAGGUUUGAAAUGGAGCUUCAUGGUUGUCUUUUGGAGAAAUGAACAGUCAAGUUGUGUUUGAAAUUUGAUUUUUUUCAGGGGCAAAAGGAAGCCUCUGCAUUCUUGUCAAAUAUGUAAACAGCAUGUUUUUGCAGGUGCUAAAAAACAGACUCUGAGUGUGUGUGUGUGUCUGUGUGUGUGUGUGUGUGUGUGUGUAUGUUGGCGUGUGUGUAUAUGUGUGUGUAUCCUGCAGUACUCUAUACUCCUGCAGUGGCCAAAAAGACUUUUAAGAAUGUGGAUUUUUGGGUCAUCUUUGGCGCCCCCUAGAACUGCAGUACUCUGUACUCCUGCAGUGGCCAAAAUGACUUUUGAGAAUGUGGAUUUUUGGGUCAUCUUUGGCGCCCCCUAGAACGUAAACCGUGGGGUGCAGCGUCAUGAUUUUUACAAUUUUGAAUGGGCAUGGGGUGUAGAUUGCCCUGAGCAAAUUUGGUAUCGGUGGGACGAAAGCCUUAGGAGGAGAUAGCCACAUUCCAAUGUGUGCGAAUCGGCAAAAAAUGCAAAAUAGCCCUUUAACCGUACAUUAUACAGAUACGCGCUCUUUGACUUUUUCGUAGAUCUAAUUGAGAUACACAUGAUUGUCAAUUUUUGUGUCAAUAUGACAAAGCGUUCAGGCGUGACACUCAACAAUGUGUAUUUUUAUGUAAGGGGACAAGAAAAAAUUGACUUUUUUCUCCUACCAUGGGGGGGCGCUCUUUUGGGGAGUAAAAAUUCCUUCACAAAUGUGUUGAUGGCUGGACAUUGCAUCAUCCUAGAAAACUUGGAGGCCAGUGAGGACAAAAAUAAAAAGUUAUAAAACAUUUAAGAAUGUGGAUUUUUGGGUUAUUUUUGGCGCCCCCUAGAACCUAAACCAUGGGGUGCAGCAUCAUGAUUUGAAUAACUUUUAAUGGCCAUGGGGUGUAGAUUGGCCUGAGCAAAUGUGGUGCCGGUGGAACGAAAGCCUUCGGAGGAGUUAGCGAAAUUCCAAUGUGUGCGGAUCGGCAAAAAAUGCGAAAUAACCCUUUAACCGUACAUUUGACAGAUACGCCCGCACUGACUUUUUUGUAGAUCUUAUUGAGAUACAUGUGUGUGUCAAUUUUUGUGUCAUUUUGACAAAGCGUACCGGCGUGACAGUCAAUAGUGUGAAUUUUCACCUUAGGGGGCGCUAUGGAGCCAUUUUGCAUUUUCUUGUUUGGGCGACUUCGGAAUAUCAAAUUUUUCACCAGGCCCGGUUGUCCUGCCAAAUUUCAUGAGUUUUCGCCAGUGGGAAGUGGGCCAUUUUCCAGUUCAAAGGGGAGGAAAAAUAAUAAUAAUAAUAAUAAUAACAAAAGAAGGAAACUACAGGAACAAGAGGGCUCUCGCAGCUGCUUAGCAGCUACGCUCGGGCCCUAAUAAUAACAAAAGAAGGAAACUACAGGAACAAGAGGGCUCUCGCAGCUGCUUAGCAGCUACGCUCGGGCCCUAACUAGGGCCCCGUUGGGGCACUGGCGGGCCCGAGCCGUGUCACGCCGCCCCCAGCGUGACCGCCUCCCCCACCCGAUCGCGUCACACUCAAGGUCCAAAGAUGGUGUGCGCACUUGUUUGUGGUCAAUUACCAUUAUAAUGAACGGGAGGCGCAGUUUCUACCAAAGCGCUCGCUGCAGAAAAACUCCAUGUCCUAUUUGAAAAAAGUCUGGACCAUGAGUGAGGGCACAAACACAGCUAAGAUAUAUCCAAAUGGCAAGUUGCUCCUCCUUUCGCUUUUGCCGAGAGAGCAGUGCGUUUGAGCCAUUGAAUGAUGAACAGGAAAAACUUGACUUUAUUCUCCUGCCAUGGGGGGGGCGCUCUUUUAACGAGAAAAAACUCCUUCACAAAUGUGUUGAUGGCUGGACAUUGCAUCAUCCUAGAAAACAUGGAGGCCAGUGAGGACAAAAAUAAAAAGUUAUAAGACUUUUAAAUAUGUGGAUUUUAGGGUUAUCUUUGGCGCCCCCUAGAACCUAAACCGUGGGGUGCAGCGUCAUGAUUUGAAUAACUUUUAAUGGCCAUGGGGUGUAGAUUGGCCUGAGCAAAUGUGGUGCCGGUGGAACGAAAGCCUUCGGAGGAGUUAGCGAAAUUCCAAUGUGUGCGAAUCUGCAAAAAAUGCGAAAUAACCCUUUAACCGUACAUUUUACAGAUACGUGGCCAUUGACUUUUUCGAAGAUCUUAUUGAAAUACACGUGUAUGUAAAAUUUUGUGUCAAUACGACAAAACAUACAGGCGUAGCACUCAACAAUGUGUAUUUUCACCUUAGUGGACAAGAAAAAAUGGACUUUUUUCUCCUGCCAUGGGGGGCGCUCUUUUGGCGAGUAAAAAUUCCUUCACAAAUGUGUUGAUGGCUGGACAUUGCAUCAUCCUAGAAAACUUGGAGGCCAGUGGGGACAAAAAUAAAAAGUUAUAAGACUUUUAAAUAUGUGGAUUUUACGGUUAUCUUUGGCGCCCCCUAGAACCUAAACCGUGGGGUGCAGCGUCAUGAUUUGAAUAACUUUUAAUGGCCAUGGGGUGUAGAUUGGCCUGAGCAAAUGUGGUGCCGGUGGAACGAAAGCCUUCGGAGGAGUUAGCGAAAUUCCAAUGUGUGCGGAUCGGCAAAAAAUGCGGAAUAACCCUUUAACCGUACAUUUAACAGAUACGCGCGCAUUGACUUUUUCGUAGAUCUUAUUGAGAUACAUGUGUGUGUCAAUUUUUGUGUCAUUUUGCCAAAGCGUACAGGUGUUACACUCAACAAUGUGUAUUUUCACCUUAGGGGACAAGAAAAAAUGGACUUUUUUCUCCUGCCAUGGGGGGGCGCUCUUUUGGGGAGUAAAAAUUCCUUCACAAAUGUGUUGAUGGCUGGACAUUGCAUCAUCCUAGAAAACUUGGAGGCCAGUGAGGGCAAAAAUAAAAAGUUAUAAGACUUUUAAAUAUGUGGAUCUUAGGGUUAUCUUUGGCGCCCCCUAGAACCUAAACCGUGGGGUGCAGCGUCAUGAUUUGAAUAACUUUUAAUGGCCAUGGGGUGUAGAUUGGCCUGAGCAAAUGUGGUGCCGGUGGAACGAAAGCCUUCGGAGGAGUUAGCGAAAUUCCAAUGUGUGCGGAUCGGCAAAAAAUGCGAAAUAACCCUUUAACCGUACAUUUGACAGAUACGCCCGCACUGACUUUUUUGUAGAUCUUAUUGAGAUACAUGUGUGUGUCAAUUUUUGUGUCAUUUUGACAAAGCGUACAGGCGUGACAGUGAAUAGUGUGAAUUUUCACCUUAGGGGGCGCUAUGGAGCCAUUUUGCAUUUUCUUGUUUGGGCGACUUCGGAAUAUCAAAUUUUUCACCAGGCCCGGUCGUCCUGCCAAAUUUCAUGAGUUUUCGCCAGUGGGAAGUGGGCCAUUUUCCAGUUCAAAGGGGAGGAAAAAUAAUAAUAAUAACAAAAGAAGGAAACUACAGGAACAAGAGGGCUCUCGCAGCUGCUUAGCAGCUACGCUCGGGCCCUAAAGAAAGAAAGAAAGAAACAAAGAAAAACCACUUGGGGAAUAAUAGGGCCUACGCCCGGCUGCUCUGCAGCUGGCUCGGGCCCUAACAAAGAAAAACCCCUACAGGAAUAACAGGGCCUACGCCCGGCUGCUCUGCAGCUGGCUCGGGCCCUAAUAAUAACUAGGGCCCCGGUGGGGCACUGUCGGGCCCGAGCCGCGUCGCGCCGCCCCUAGCGCGACCGCCUCCCCCUCCCGAUCGCGUCACACUCAAGGUCCAAAGAUGGUGUGCGCACUUGUCUGUGGUCAUUUCCCAUUAUAAUGAAUGGGAGGCGCAGUUUCUACCAAAACACUCGCUGCAGACAAACUUCAUGUCCUAUUUGAAAAAAGUCUGGACCAUGAGUGAGGGCACAAACACAGCUAUGAUAUAUCGAAAUGGCAGGUUAAUCCUCCUUACGGUGUUGCCUGGAGAGCGAUGCGAUUGAGCCAUUGAGCGAUGGGCAGGGUUAACUUGACUUUUUCUCCUGCCUUGGGGGGGAUGUGGAUUCCUUUAAGAAUGUGGAUUUUUGGGUCAUCUUUGGCGCCCCCUAGAACGUAAACCGUGGGGUGCAGCGUCAUGAUUUUUAAAACUUUGAAUGGCCAUGGGGUGUAGAUUGGCCUGAGCAAAUUUGGUGUCAGUGGGACGAAAGCCUUAGGAGGAGUUAGCCACAUUCCAAUGUGUGCGAAUCGGCAAAAAAUGCAAAAUAGCCCUUUAACCGUACAUUUGACAGAUACGCGCGCAUUGACUUUUUUGUAGAUCUUAUUGAGAUACAUAUGUGUGUCAAUUUUUGUGUCAAUAUGAUAAAGCGUACAGGCGUGACAGUCAAUAGUGUGAAUUUCCACCUUAGGGGACAAGAAAAAAUCGACUUUUUUCUCCUGCCAUGGGGGGCGCUCUUUUGGGGAGUAAAAAUUCCUUCACAAAUGUGUUGAUGGCUGGACAUUGCAUCAUCCUAGAAAACUUGGAGGCCAGUGAGGACAAAAAUAAAAAGUUAUAAGACUUUUAAAUAUGUGGAUUUUAGGGUUAUCUUUGGCGCCCCCUAGAACCUAAACCGUGGGGUGCAGCGUCAUGAUUUGAAUAACUUUUAAUGGCCAUGGGGUGUAGAUUGGCCUGAGCAAAUGUGGUGCCGGUGGAACAAAAGCCUUCGGAGGAGUUAGCGAAAUUCCAAUGUGUACGGAUCGCCAAAAAAUGCGAAAUAGCCCUUUAACCGUACAUUUGACAGAUACGCCCGCAUUGACUUUUUCGUAGAUCUUAUUGAGAUACACCUGUGUGCCAAAUUUUGUGUCAUUUUGACAAAGUGUAGAGGCGUGACACUCAACAAUGUGUAUUUUCACCUUAGGGGACAAGAAAAAAUGGACUUUUUUCUCCUGCCAUGGGGGGGCGCUCUUUUGGGGAGUAAAAAUUCCUUCACAAAUGUGUUGAUGGCUGGACAUUGCAUCAUCCUAGAAAACUUGGAGGCCAGUGAGGACAAAAAUAAAAAGUUAUAAGACUUUUAAAUAUGUGGAUUUUAGGGUUAUCUUUGGCGCCCCCUAGAACCUAAACCGUGGGGUGCAGCGUCAUGAUUUGAAUAACUUUUAAUGGCCAUGGGGUGUAGAUUGGCCUGAGCAAAUGUGGUGCCGGUGGAACGAAAGCCUUCGGAGGAGUUAGCGAAAUUCCAAUGUGUACGGAUCGCCAAAAAAUGCGAAAUAGCCCUUUAACCGUACAUUUGACAGAUACGCCCGCACUGACUUUUUUGUAGAUCUUAUUGAGAUACAUAUGUGUGUCAAAUUUUGUGUCAUUUUGACAAAGCGUACAGGCGUGACAGUCAAUAGUGUGAAUUUCCACCUUAGGGGGCGCUAUGGAGCCAUUUUGCAUUUUAUUGUUUGGGCGACUUCAGAAUAUCAAAUUUUUCACCAGGCCUGGUCGUCCUGCCAAAUUUCAUGAGUUUUCGCCAGUGGGAAGUGGGCCAUUUUCCAGUUUAAAGGGGAGGAAAAAUAAUAAUAAUAACAAAAGAAGGAAACAUGCAGGAACAAGAGGGCUCUCGCAGCUGCUUAGCAGCUACGCUCGGGCCCUAAUAAUAACAAAAGAAGGAAACUACAGGAACAAGAGGGCUCUCGCAGCUGCUUAGCAGCUACGCUCGGGCCCUAACUAGGACCCCGGUGGGGCACUGUCGGGCCCGAGCCGCGUUGCGCCGCCCCCAGCGCGACCGCCUCCCCCUCCCGAUCGCGUCACACUCAAGGUCCAAAGAUGGUGUGCGCACUUGUCUGUGGUCAUUUCCCAUUAUAAUGAAUGGGAGGCGCAGUUUCUACCAAAACACUCGCUGCAGACAAAUUACAUGUCCUAUUUGAAAAAAGUCUGGACCAUGAGUGAGGGCACAAACACAGCUAGGAUAUAUCCAAACGGCAAGUUGCUCCUCGUUACGGUGUUGCCGGGAGAGUGAUGCGAUUGAGCCAUUGAGUGAUGGGCAGGAAAAACUUGACUGUUUCUCCUGCCAUGGGGGAUGGGGGUUGGGGGGGGGAUGUGGAUUCUUUUAAGAAUGUGGAUAUUUGGGUCAUCUUUGGCGCCCCCUAGAACGUAAACCGUGGGGUGCAGCGUCAUGAUUUUUACAACUUUGAAUGGCCAUGGGGUGUAGAUUGGCCUGAGCAAAUUUGGUGUCAGUGGGACGAAAGCCUUAGGAGGAGUUAGCCACAUUCCAAUGUGUGCGAAUCGGCAAAAAAUGCAAAAUAGCCCUUUAACCGUAGUUUUUACAGAUACGCACCCAUUGACUUUUUCGUAGAUCUUAUUGAGAUACAUGUGAUUGUCAAAUUUUGUGUCAAUAUGACAAAGCGUACAGGUGUCACACUCAACAAUGUGAAUUUUCACCUUACGGGACAAGAAAAAAUUGACUUUUUUCUCCUGCCAUGGGGGGGCGCUCUUUUGGGGAGUAAAAAUUCCUUCACAAAUGUGUUGAUGGCUGGACAUUGCAUCAUCCUAGAAAACUUGGAGGCCAGUGAGGACAAAAAGAAAAAGUUAUAAGACUUUUAAGAAUGUGGAUUUUUGGGUUAUCUUUGGCGCCCCCUAGAACCUAAACCGUGGGGUGCAGCGUCAUGAUUUGUACAACUUUUAAUGGCCAUGGGGUGUAGAUUGGCCUGAGCAAAUUUGGUGCCGGUGGAACGAAAGCCUUCGGAGGAGUUAGCGAAAUUCCAAUGUGUGCGGAUCGGCAAAAAAUGCGAAAUAGCCCUUUAACCGUACAUUAUACAGAUACGUGCUCUCUGACUUUUUCGUAGAUCUUAUUGAGAUACACGUGUGUGUCAAAUUUUGUGUCAAUAUGACAAAGCGUUCAGGCGUGACACUCAACAAUGUGUAUUUUCACCUUACGGGACAAGAAAAAAUGGACUUUUUUCUCCUGCCAUGGGGGGGCGCUCUUUUGGGGAGUAAAAAUUUCUUCACAAAUGUGUUGAUGGCUGGACAUUGCAUCAUCCUAGAAAACUUGGAGGCCAGUGAGGACAAAAAUAAAAAGUUAUAAGACUUUUAAGACUGUGGAUUUUUGGGUUAUCUUUGGCGCCCCCUAGAAUGUAAACCGUGGGGUGCAGCGUCAUGAUUUGUACAACUUUUAAUGGCCAUGGGGUGUAGAUUGUCCUGAGCAAAUUUGUUGCCGGUGGAACGAAAGCCUUCGGAGGAGUUAGCGAAAUUCCAAUGUGUGCGGAUCGGCAAAAAAUGCGAAAUAGCCCUUUAACGGUACAUUUGACAGAUACGCCCACACUGACUUUUUUGUAGAUGUUAUUGAGAUACACAUGUGUGUCAAAUUUUGUGUCAUUUUGACAAAGCGUACAGGCGUCAGGUGAGUUUUCACCAUAGGGGGCGCUAUGGAGCCAUUUUUCAUUUUUUUGUUUGGGCGACUUCAGAAUAUCGAAUUUUUCACCAGGCCCGGUCGUCCUGCCAAAUUUCCUGAGUUUUCACCAGUGGGAAGUGGGCCAUUUUCCAGUUUAAAGCGGAGGAAAAAUAACGAACUAGGGCCCCGUUGGGGCACUGGCGGGCCCGAGCCGUGUCACGCCGCCCCCAGCGCGACCACCUCCCCCACCCGAGCGCGUCACACUCAAGGUCCAAAGAUGGUGUGCGCACUUGUUUGUGGUCAUUUACCAUUAUAAUGAACGGGAGGCGCAGUUUCUACCAAAACGCUCGCUGCAGAAAAACUCCAUGUCCUAUUUGAAAAAAGUCUGGACCAUGAGUGAGGGCACAAACACAGCUAAGAUAUAUCCAAAUGGCAAGUUGCUCCUCCUUUCGCUUUUGCCGAGAGAGCAGUGCGUUUGAGCCAUUGAAUGAUGAACAGGAAAAACUUGACUUUAUUCUCCUGCCAUGGGGGGGCGCUCUUUUAACGAGAAAAAACUCCUUCACAAAUGUGUUGAUGGCUGGACAUUGCAUCAUCCUAGAAAACAUGGAGGCCAGUGAGGACAAAAAUAAAAAGUUAUAAGACUUUUAAAUAUGUGGAUUUUAGGGUUAUCUUUGGCGCCCCCUAGAACCUAAACCGUGGGGUGCAGCGUCAUGAUUUGAAUAACUUUUAAUGGCCAUGGGGUGUAGAUUGGCCUGAGCAAAUGUGGUGCCGGUGGAACGAAAGCCUUCGGAGGAGUUAGCUAAAUUCCAAUGUGUGCGAAUCUGCAAAAAAUGCGAAAUAACCCUUUAACCGUACAUUUUACAGAUACGUGGCCAUUGACUUUUUCGAAGAUCUUAUUGAAAGACACGUGUAUGUAAAAUUUUGUGUCAAUACGACAAAACAUACAGGCGUAGCACUCAACAAUGUGUAUUUUCACAUUAGUGGACAAGAAAAAAUGGACUUUUUUCUCCUGCCAUGGGGGGCGCUCUUUUGGCGAGUAAAAAUUCCUUCACAAAUGUGUUGAUGGCUGGACAUUGCAUCAUCCUAGAAAACUUGGAGGCCAGUGGGGACAAAAAUAAAAAGUUAUAAGACUUUUAAAUAUGUGGAUUUUACGGUUAUCUUUGGCGCCCCCUAGAACCUAAACCGUGGGGUGCAGCAUCAUGAUUUGAAUAACUUUUAAUGGCCAUGGGGUGUAGAUUGGCCUGAGAAAAUGUGGUGCCGGUGGAACGAAAGCCUUCGGAGGAGUUAGCGAAAUUCCAAUGUGUGCGGAUCGGCAAAAAAUGCGGAAUAACCCUUUAACCGUACAUUUGACAGAUACGUGCGCAUUGACUUUUUUGUAGAUCUUAUUGAGAUACAUGUGUGUGUCAAUUUUGGUGUCAUUUUGCCAAAGCCUACAGGUGUUACACUCAACAAUGUGUAUUUUCACCUUAGGGGACAAGAAAAAAUGGACUUUUUUCUCCUGCCAUGGGGGGGCGCUCUUUUGGGGAGUAAAAAUUCCUUCACAAAUGUGUUGAUGGCUGGACAUUGCAUCAUCCUAGAAAACUUGGAGGCCAGUGAGGGCAAAAAUAAAAAGUUAUAAGACUUUUAAAUAUGUGGAUCUUAGGGUUAUCUUUGGCGCCCCCUAGAACCUAAACCGUGGGGUGCAGCGUCAUGAUUUGAAUAACUUUUAAUGGCCAUGGGGUGUAGAUUGGCCUGAGCAAAUGUGGUGCCGGUGGAACGAAAGCCUUCGGAGGAGUUAGCGAAAUUCCAAUGUGUGCGGAUCGGCAAAAAAUGCGAAAUAACCCUUUAACCGUACAUUUGACAGAUACGCCCGCACUGACUUUUUUGUAGAUCUUAUUGAGAUACAUGUGUGUGUCAAUUUUUGUGUCAUUUUGACAAAGCGUACAGGCGUGACAGUCAAUAGUGUGAAUUUUCACCUUAGGGGGCGCUAUGGAGCCAUUUUGCAUUUUCUUGUUUGGGCGACUUCGGAAUAUCAAAUUUUUCACCAGGCCCGGUCGUCCUGCCAAAUUUCAUGAGUUUUCGCCAGUGGGAAGUGGGCCAUUUUCCAGUUCAAAGGGGAGGAAAAAUAAUAACUAGGGCCCCGUUGGGGCACUGGCGGGCCCGAGCCAUGUCGCGCUGCCCCCCCCAACGCGCUGCCUCCCCGUCCCAUUCGCGUCCUCUGGCCAUCGUCCUCUCUGGUAACGCCCAUCACUGCAAAGACCCUUUCCUUCAUCGGCGUUUGCUGUUCUUCCUGCCAGUGCGUGUUGCUUUCACUUACACUUGCCACAGCCAGCCUCGUGAGUGCCUAGCCUAUUGGAUAUCACUGUCAUCUACACAGGACAGUCAUAACCUUUCUAUUAAUACUUUGUUUUUUAAUUUCACAUUAAUUUCCAUAUUGUAUAAAUGACUGGAAAAAACUUGAGCCCCUGCCCCUGUAUAAUCAUGUGCACGUCCCUGUUCUAGCUCCAAGGUGAAUCUUCACUGCUCAUGUUCUCCUCAGAAAUAGUCACCUCACUCCCCUCAGGUUACUGUACACAUGCACCAACUAUCUGCUUCAGGUUUGGAUGGAGCUUCAUGGUUGUCUUUUGGAGAAAUGAACAGUCAAGUUGUGUUUGAAAUUUGAUUUUUUUCAGGGGCAAAAGGAAGCCUCUGCAUUCUUGUCAAAUAUGUAAACAGCAUGUUUUUGCAGGUGCUAAAAAACAGACUCUGAGUGUGUGUGUGUGUGUGUGUGUGUGUGUGUGUGUGUGUGCGUGUGUUGGCGUGUGUGUAUAUGUGUGUGUAUCCUGCAGUACUCUGUACUCCUGCAGUGGCCAAAAAGACUUUUAAGAAUGUGGAUUUUUGGGUCAUCUUUGGCGCCCCCUAGAACUGCAGUACUCUGUACUCCUGCAGUGGCCAAAAUGACUUUUAAGAAUGUGGAUUUUUGGGUCAUCUUUGGCGCCCCCUAGAACGUAAACCGUGGGGUGCAGCGUCAUGAUUUUUACAACUUUGAAUGGGCAUGGGGUGUAGAUUGCCCUGAGCAAAUUUGGUAUCGGUGGGACGAAAGCCUUAGGAGGAGAUAGCCACAUUCCAAUGUGUGCGAAUCGGCAAAAAAUGCAAAAUAGCCCUUUAACCGUACAUUAUACAGAUACGCGCUCUUUGACUUUUUCGUAGAUCUAAUUGAGAUACACAUGAUUGUCAAUUUUUGUGUCAAUAUGACAAAGCGUUCAGGCGUGACACUCAACAAUGUGUAUUUUUAUGUAAGGGGACAAGAAAAAAUGGACUUUUUUCUCCUGCCAUGGGGGGGCGCUCUUUUGGGGAGUAAAAAUUCCUUCACAAAUGUGUUGAUGGCUGGACAUUGCAUCAUCCUAGAAAACUUGGAGGCCAGUGAGGACAAAAAUAAAAAGUUAUAAGACUUUUAAAUAUGUGGAUUUUAGGGUUGUCUUUGGCGCCCCCUAGAACCUAAACCGUGGGGUGCAGCGUCAUGAUUUGAAUAACUUUUAAUGGCCAUGGGGUGUAGAUUGGCCUGAGCAAAUGUGGUGCCGGUGGAACGAAAGCCUUCGGAGGAGUUAGCGAAAUUCCAAUGUGUGCGGAUCGGCAAAAAAUGCGGAAUAACCCUUUAACCGUACAUUUGACAGAUACGCACGCAUUGACUUUUUCGUAGAUCUUAUUGAGUUACAUGUGUGUGUCAAUUUUUGUGUCAUUUUGACAAAGCGUAUAGGCGUGACACUCAACAAUGUGUAUUUUCACCUUAGGGGACAAGAAAAAAUGGACUUUUUUCUCCUGCCAUCGGGGAGCGCUCUUUUGGGGAGUAAAAAUUCCUUCACAAAUGUGUUGAUGGCUGGACAUUGCAUCAUCCUAGAAAACUUGGAGGCCAGUGAGGGCAAAAAUAAAAAGUUAUAAGACUUUUAAAUAUGUGGAUCUUAGGGUUAUCUUUGGCGCCCCCUAGAACCUAAACCAUGGGGUGCAGCGUCAUGAUUUGAAUAACUUUUAAUGGCCAUGGGGUGUAGAUUGGCCUGAGCAAAUGUGGUGCCGGUGGAACGAAAGCCUUCGGAGGAGUUAGCGAAAUUCCAAUGUGUGCGGAUCGGCAAAAAAUGCGAAAUAACCCUUUAACCGUACAUUUGACAGAUACGCCCGCACUGACUUUUUUGUAGAUCUUAUUGAGAUACAUGUGUGUGUCAAUUUUUGUGUCAUUUUGACAAAGCGUACCGGCGUGACAGUGAAUAGUGUGAAUUUUCACCUUAGGGGGCGCUAUGGAGCCAUUUUGCAUUUUCUUGUUUGGGCGACUUCGGAAUAUCAAAUUUUUCACCAGGCCCGGUCGUCCUGCCAAAUUUCAUGAGUUUUCGCCAGUGGGAAGUGGGCCAUUUUCCAGUUCAAAGGGGAGGAAAAAUAAUAACUAGGGCCCCGUUGGGGCACUGGCGGGCCCGAGCCGUGUCAUGCCGCCCCCAGCGCGACCGCCUCCCCCACCCGAUCGCGUCACACUCAAGGUCCAAAGAUGGUGUGCGCACUUGUUUGUGGUCAUUUACCAUUAUAAUGAACGGGAGGCGCAGUUUCUACCAAAACGCUCGCUGCAGAAAAACUCCAUGUCCUAUUUGAAAAAAGUCUGGACCAUGAGUGAGGGCACAAACACAGCUAAGAUAUAUCCAAAUGGCAAGUUGCUCCUCCUUUCGCUUUUGCCGAGAGAGCAGUGCGUUUGAGCCAUUGAAUGAUGAACAGGAAAAACUUGACUUUAUUCUCCUGCCAUGGGGGGGCGCUCUUUUAAAGAGAAAAAACUCCUUCACAAAUGUGUUGAUGGCUGGACAUUGCAUCAUCCUAGAAAACAUGGAGGCCAGUGAGGACAAAAAUAAAAAGUUAUAAGACUUUUAAAUAUGUGGAUCUUAGGGUUAUCUUUGGCGCCCCCUAGAACCUAAACCGUGGGGUGCAGCGUCAUGAUUUGAAUAACUUUUAAUGGCCAUGGGGUGUAGAUUGGCCUGAGCAAAUGUGGUGCCGGUGGAACGAAAGCCUUCGGAGGAAUUAGCGAAAUUCCAAUGUGUGCGAAUCUGCAAAAAAUGCGAAAUAACCCUUUAACCGUACAUUUUACAGAUACGUGGCCAUUGACUUUUUCGAAGAUCUUAUUGAAAUACACGUGUAUGUAAAAUUUUGUGUCAAUACGACAAAACAUACAGGCGUAGCACUCAACAAUGUGUAUUUUCACCUUAGUGGACAAGAAAAAAUUGACUUUUUUCUCCUGCCAUGGGGGGGGCUCUUUUGGGGAGUAAAAAUUCCUUCACAAAUGUGUUGAUGGCUGGACAUUGCAUCAUCCUAGAAAACUUGGAGGCCAGUGGGGACAAAAAUAAAAAGUUAUAAGACUUUUAAAUAUGUGGAUUUUACGGUUAUCUUUGGCUCCCCCUAGAACCUAAACCGUGGGGUGCAGCGUCAUGAUUUGAAUAACUUUUAAUGGCCAUGGGGUGUAGAUUGGCCUGAGCAAAUGUGGUGCCGGUGGAACGAAAGCCUUCGGAGGAGUUAGCGAAAUUCCAAUGUGUGCGGAUCGGCAAAAAAUGCGGAAUAACCCUUUAACCGUACAUUUGACAGAUACGCGCGCAUUGACUUUUUCGUAGAUCUUAUUGAGAUACAUGUGUGUGUCAAUUUUUGUGUCAUUUUGCCAAAGCGUACAGGUGUUACACUCAACAAUGUGUAUUUUCACCUUAGGGGACAAGAAAAAAUGGACUUUUUUCUCCUGCCAUGGGGGGGCGCUCUUUUGGGGAGUAAAAAUUCCUUCACAAAUGUGUUGAUGGCUGGACAUUGCAUCAUCCUAGAAAACUUGGAGGCCAGUGAGGGCAAAAAUAAAAAGUUAUAAGACUUUUAAAUAUGUGGAUCUUAGGGUUAUCUUUGGCGCCCCCUAGAACCUAAACCGUGGGGUGCAGCGUCAUGAUUUGAAUAACUUUUAAUGGCCAUGGGGUGUAGAUUGGCCUGAGCAAAUGUGGUGCCGGUGGAACGAAAGCCUUCGGAGGAGUUAGCGAAAUUCCAAUGUGUGCGGAUCGGCAAAAAAUGCGAAAUAACCCUUUAACCGUACAUUUGACAGAUACGCCCGCACUGACUUUUUUGUAGAUCUUAUUGAGAUACAUGUGUGUGUCAAUUUUUGUGUCAUUUUGACAAAGCGUACCGGCGUGACAGUCAAUAGUGUGAAUUUUCACCUUAGGGGGCGCUAUGGAGCCAUUUUGCAUUUUCUUGUUUGGGCGACUUCGGAAUAUCAAAUUUUUCACCAGGCCCGGUCGUCCUGCCAAAUUUCAUGAGUUUUCGCCAGUGGGAAGUGGGCCAUUUUCCAGUUCAAAGGGGAGGAAAAAUAAUAAUAAUAAUAACACUAGGGCCCCGUUGGGGCACUGGCGGGCCCGAGCCGCGUUGCGCCGACCCCAGUGCGACCGCCUCCCCUCCCGAUCGCGUCACACUCAAGGUCCAAAGAUGGUGUGCGCACUUGUCUGUGGUCAUUUCCCAUUAUAAUGAAUGGGAGGCGCAGUUUCUACCAAAACACUCGCUGCAGACAAACUACAUGUCCUAUUUGAAAAAAGUCUGGACCAUGAGUGAGGGCACAAACACAGCUAGGAUAUAUCCAAACGGCAAGUUGCUCCUCGUUACGGUGUUGCAGGGAGAGCGAUGCGAUUGAGCCAUUGAGUGAUGGGCAGGAAAAACUUGACUUUAUUCUCCUGCCAUGGGGGAUGGGGGAUGGGGGGGGGGGUGGAUUCUUUUAAGAAUGUGGAUAUUUGGGUCAUCUUUGGCGCCCCCUAGAACGUAAACCGUGGGGUGCAGCGUCAUGAUUUUUAAAACUUUGAAUGGCCAUGGGGUGUAGAUUGGCCUGAGCAAAUUUGGUGUCAGUGGGACGAAAGCCUUAGGAGGAGUUAGCCACAUUCCAAUGUGUGCUAAUCGGCAAAAAAUGCAAAAUAGCCCUUUAACCGUACAUUUUACAGAUACGCGCGCAUUGACUUUUUCGUAGAUCUUAUUGAGAUACAUGUGUGUGUCAAAUUUUGUGUCAAUAUGACAAAGCAUACAGGUAUGACAGUCAACAAUGUGUAUUUUCACCUUAUGGGACAAGAAAAAAUUGCCUUUUUUCUCCUGCCAUGGGGGGGCGCUCUUUUGGGGAGUAAAAAUUCCUUCACAAAUGUGUUGAUGGCUGGACAUUGCAUCAUCCUAGAAAACUUGGAGGCCAGAGAGGACAAAAAUAAAAAGUUAUAAGACUUUUAAAUAUGUGGAUUUUAGGGUUAUCUUUGGCGCCCCCUAGAACCUAAACCGUGGGGUGCAGCGUCAUGAUUUGAAUAACUUUUAAUGGCCAUGGGGUGUAGAUUGGCCUGAGCAAAUGUGGUGCCGGUGGAACGAAAGCCUUCGGAGGAGUUAGCCAAAUUCCAAUGUGUGCGGAUCGGCAAAAAAUGCGCAAUAACCCUUUAACCGUACAUUUGACAGAUACGCCCGCACUGACUUUUUUGUAGAUCUUAUUGAGAUACAUGUGUGUGUCAAUUUUUGUGUAAUUUUGACAAAGCGUACAGGCGUGACAGUCAAUAGUGUGAAUUUUCACCUUAUGGGACAAGAAAAAAUGGACUUUUUUCUCCUGCCAUGGGGGGGCGCUCUUUUGGGGAGUAAAAAUUCCUUCACAAAUGUGUUGAUGGCUGGACAUUGCAUCAUCCUAGAAAACUUGGAGGCCAGUGAGGGCAAAAAUAAAAAGUUAUAAGACUUUUAAAUAUGUGGAUCUUAGGGUUAUCUUUGGCGCCCCCUAGAACCUAAACCGUGGGGUGCAGCGUCAUGAUUUGAAUAACUUUUAAUGGCCAUGGGGUGUAGAUUGGCCUGAGCAAAUGUGGUGCCGGUGAAAAGGAAGCCUUCGGAGGAGUUAGCGAAAUUCCAAUGUGUGCGGAUCGGCAAAAAAUGCGAAAUAACCCUUUAACCGUACAUUUGACAGAUACGCCCGCACUGACUUUUUUGUAGAUCUUAUUGAGAUACAUGUGUGUGUCAAUUUUUGUGUCAUUUUGACAAAGCGUACCGGCGUGACAGUCAAUAGUGUGAAUUUUCACCUUAGGGGGCGCUAUGGAGCCAUUUUGCAUUUUCUUGUUUGGGCGACUUCGGAAUAUCAAAUUUUUCACCAGGCCCGGUCGUCCUGCCAAAUUUCAUGAGUUUUCGCCAGUGGGAAGUGGGCCAUUUUCCAGUUCAAAGGGGAGGAAAAAUAAUAAUAAUAAUAAUAAUAACAAAAGAAGGAAACUACAGGAACAAGAGGGCUCUCGCAGCUGCUUAGCAGCUACGCUCGGGCCCUAAUAAUAACAAAAGAAGGAAACUACAGGAACAAGAGGGCUCUCGCAGCUGCUUAGCAGCUACGCUCGGGCCCUAAUAAUAAUAAUAACAAAAGAAGGAAACUACAGGAACAAGAGGGCUCUCGCAGCUGCUUAGCAGCUACGCUCGGGCCCUAAAGAAGAAUCCAUCAGGAACAAGAGGGCUCUCGCAGCUGCUUAGCAGCUACGCUCGGGCCCUAAUAAUAAUAACAAAAGAAGGAAACUACAGGAACAAGAGGGCUCUCGCAGCUGCUUAGCAGCUACGCUCGGGCCCUAAUGAUCACAUUGAAUACUGUUGCUGUAAAUCUGGGUUUCCAUGUUUCAGGCUGUGUAUGUGACGGCCACUUUCCCGUAUCUUGUGCUCACCAUUUUCCUGAUCCGUGGCCUCACUCUGCCUGGUGCCACUGAUGGACUUACCUACCUCUUCACUCCUGAUGUGAGUUGUGUCCAUUUUUGGUGCUGCAGAUAAUGUAAAAAUUACCUCAUUACCUAUCUAUAAAUCUUUGUACUUCUUGCAGUGGGAAAUACUCAAAAAUCCCCGAGUGUGGCUGGAUGCAGCAACCCAGAUCUUCUUCUCUCUCUCUGUAGCCUUUGGGGGCCUCAUAGCUUUCUCCAGCUAUAACGAAGAGAGGUAGGGACUGAACACUCUCUGGAGAUUUUGGUAUGAUUUGUGUGCCAUUAUAAUGCUGUUUUUUCUGUCAUUCAUUUUCUAGAAACAACUGUGAAAGGGAUGCUCUUGUGGUAGGAAUAAUAAACAGCGCCACAUCCCUCUAUGCCUCCAUUCCAGUCUUCUCCAUCUUGGGAUUCAAAGCUAGAACUGCUUACAACAACUGCCUACAGGAGUAUGUUUACACAAAUAUUCCAUGUUGUUCCUUAAGCUUUUUUUCUUUUGGGAUUAUAAUGAGGUAUUUCAUUUGUAUCCCCUCUCCAGUAACAUCCUGACUCUGACCAACCACUUUGAGCUUCCAGACCAGAACAUGACACUUGAGAACUAUGAUGAUCAGUUUCGGUAUCUACAGAAUAAAUAUCCGGAUGAGAUUGCCAAGUUGCCCCUGUUAGACUGUAACCUGCAAACAUACCUCGACGAGGUACUCGAGCUAUUACUCUCCUCUCUUUAGACUUCAUCUCGCAUUUCUCCUCUCCUAUAUUCUGAAUGUUCUGUGCUUUGGCCUCCUCUUUCUCUCCAAAGUGCAGAACAUCAUGUGCAGGUCAAGCAUGUGCUAUUUUCUUAACUCUCUUUCAUCUUCCUCCCCAGAGUGCAUCAGGUACUGGUCUGGCAUUUAUUGCGUUCACUGAGGCAGUGAUUGAAAUGCCAGGCUCCCAGGUAUGGGCCGUGUUGUUCUUCAUCAUGCUCUUCAGCUUGGGCCUCUCCUCCAUGUUUGGCAACAUAGAGGGAGUACUCACACCGAUCUAUGAUCUAAAACUAGUUCCAAAGUGGAUCCCUAACCAAGUCGUAACAGGUAGCCAAUCUGCAAAAGUCAUUGUCAAGCUAAAUUGGUGAAGUUUUCCUUUUGAACUCUUCUUAAACAAACUUGGUCACUCCUUCAGGGCUCGUCUGCCUGGUAUCCUUCGCGAUGUCUCUCAUCUUCUCACUGGAAUCAGGAAACUACUGGGUGGAGGUCUUUAACAACUACGUGGGCUCUGUGCCUCUGCUUGUCAUUGCAUUCUUUGAGAUUGUUGGAGUCGCUUAUGUCCAUGGAAUGAAAAAGUAAGAGCUUCAGUAUGAACAGUUUUAAGUCAUGAAAUUGGUUCUGCCAUGUUUGAACGAUUUCACUGGUCUCCUUGUCUACCGACAGUUUCAGCGAGGAUAUCUAUUUCAUGACUGGGUCCAAGCCCAGCAUCUUCUGGAAGAUGUGCUGGAUGGUGAUCAGUCCUCUGCUGCUCCUUGGUGUGUUUGUUGCCUAUGUGAUUGUCCAGGCACAGACUUACCCAACCUAUCCUGCAUGGAAUGCAACUAAGGUAAGCAAUAAAAGUAAAAUUUGGAAUCUGUUCAUGUACUGUAGACACAAAGGCCAACAUUAAAGUAAAGGCAAUAUCUACAGGUACCCUAGUCAAUAUUUUCAUAGAUAAAUUGGAUGAGAUUAUAUCACACAGAGUACGAGUCCAGAUAUAUUAUAUUAUUUUUUCUUUUUGACAAAUUUUCAAUUUUCUGUGAUAUUUCAGCUCUGCAGAUUUUCGAUUGCUUUAGGCUGCAUGAAAAUAACCUAUGUUUGGUCAAUACUUAGUUUUCACUACUGGAAUUACAAGUUACCUUUUUUGCACUUCGAAGAAUAGUAAAAUUAAAAAAAACAAAAAAAACAAACUAAAACAUGAUUUAAUAUUUGAUGAAUUUAUGUAAGGUAUAGGCAGUACUACAACUAAAUACUUAAGCCACAUUAUAGAGAAAAGAGAGAGAUUUGAAGUUUUAAGGAGAACUUUCUGUUAUACGCCAGUUCUAGUGCCCCCUGUGGACAAAGCAGUUUUUGUUCGUCUAGUUCUCUACCUGGGUGUUUGCUUGGACAGAUGCAAAAAACGAAUAUACAAAAUUCAACCUGACAUUACAAUGGGAAGGAGUUUUAGAGUGAAAACUUGACUGACACAAAAAAUGAGCUCAUAUUUCUUUUUCAAACUUGCACCAAGUCCAGACAAUGACAGCUGAUUGUGUGCAAAGAGACAAUUUCUGUCAAGUCAAUGCAAACCUCUCCUGAAACUCUCCAGCUUCUGCACAAUCCAUUCAGAGUCCAUAGGCCUAUAAUAAUGUGAUGCUGUUGUGCAAAAAAGCUGAGUGUAAUUAAGUUAAUGCUCCACGUUGUAUGUUGUUGUCCAGGCAAAACUAUUAUAAUAUUGUGUAAUUUAGCAGGUGCUUUUGUCCAAAGCAAUGUACAAUCUGGUUAAUCUGGCAUUUGUACAAAUAUGUCUAUCAGUAUCUAUAAAUUUUACUAUUCAGUGUAUUUUAGUCCAGUCAAGUCCACUGCAGAUCUAACUCUUAUUUACUUGUGCGUAAAAAACAGUUAAGCUAAGCACACUGUCUUUUGGUUACCAUGCCAAGCCAAGAGCUUGUUGGCUCUUGCAGUAUACAGUAUAUUCAAGGCAAACAGUGAUAUUCUCCAACUAGUGUUUACAAAUGUAUUUUUAAAUCCAAAUGUAUUUACUGUUUCCUCUGUCCAUUUUUCAAGGAACCCUUCCCUGGCAAUGAAACGCUGUUUUACCCUAACUGGGUAUUUGCCAUCAUCAUCCUUCUCUGUGUUGUCCCUGUGGUUCCCAUCCCUUUGGUGGCACUUUGCAGACUGAUCUCAAGAGCAAUGGGAAAGACUUCGACUUCGGCUCGCAGUGACCCAAACCCCUACACUAAUGACGCCUUUGAGAUUGAACCACAAGAACCCAAACAUCGGGAAGCUUGAGUGCCGCUGAAAGUGUUUCUGAAAGAGAAAAGACUUUUUUUCAUGGUGCCCCAAAAUCUUUGGGAUUUUACGGAUUUCGGGGAGCUGACAGAUAAUUUUUAUGGUACUGUAAUAGAAGCGCACCGAUUCUACUUGGUGUAUACUUUUAUCAGGCUCUGACUUGAUGAAUUACUGUAUUUAUUUCCCCUUUAUACUCUUGUUUCUUUGAUAGGUCUUGUUUACUAGGCAUAUUGAGAGAAUUGGUUCAACACAAUCGUGAAAAACAUGGCUUUAUUUAACUAAAACUUCCAUUUUAACAGUUUAAACUUAUUUCUGUCACACAUCAUCAUUGCAGUACAUGUUUGGAUUCCUGUGAUUCAUUAAGAUCUUUUCAAACUCACAAAUACAAACUUUUCAAACUUAAAUUCUUCUUCAAGUGACGUAUGUUUUUUAUGGAAAAAAAAAGAAGUAUAAAUCAAAGUCCAGUGAGACAAGCAGCUCGGGGAUGGGACAGUUUCUAGAACAGAAGCAGGAUGAUAGUUAUCCAUCUUAACUGAUAUGAUUGAGUUUUAUUGGAUGUGCUUAUGGGUCAGGUUUAUUACUUAAGUGGUUUACAGCAGUUGUCUAAGGAGAGAUUUCAAUCAGGGCAUAACAGAGAAAAACUGGAACACUGGCAGGUCAUGACCGAUCGGAAAUAAUCCACAUAACUGACCUCAGCAUGCUGCUCGUUUCACUCCUUUCAAACCUAAGAGUGAGUCAAGAGUGGAAAAGAGUUUUAAUCUUAAAAAUGAGUGCAUUUUAAUGGAUUUUUGAGAGAUAGAUCUAAAAACGUUAAAACUAAUGACCCAGCAGAGCUUAACUAGACAGACCUUUUAACCUAUAUCUUCUAGCCAAAGAGAUUUUUGAGCUAAUGCUGAAAGAUGUAUUUUGAACAAGCUGUUGGUCCACACCUGAAUGGCCAUGAAAUCAGCUGGGAUCCUUGGAGUGGACGCCUGCCGGACCCUGGCCAGCCUUAGGUCUCCCAAACGGU